AUGAAUGUUAGGAAAAAAGCAAGGCAGGCAGGCAGGCAGAAAGUUGCUCCUGCCAGCCAGCCAGCCAGCCAAGGGGAGGCAAGCGCGCUCCUCAUUGGGGCGCCGAGGGCUGGAGGCGGUUUCCCCCGGAGGGAGCGCGCUGCACAAACGCUUGGCCCGCAAUCCGACCUGCUUUUGUUCAAAGUUUAUGGCGAAGGCUGGAGGCGCAGGGAGGAGGCGGAGAGAGAAAGCUUCCAGCAGGCGGGGAGGGGGGGCAGAGGGAGGAGGCCCGGCCAGGCUGCUGCGGCCGGGCCGGAGGAAGCAGGAGUGCCCCUGGAGCUGCUCGCCUGCCUGGGCAAAGCCUCGGUGGCGGCGGCGGCGGCAGACAUCUCCAUCUCUCGCCGUGCGCCAUCAAUGGAAAUGGCGCAUUUGGCCCGAGGCGGCCUGCCAGGGCGCUUUUCUCCCGCCGCACAAUGCCUGGCCGCGGACGUCAUUCGCUUCCAGUGGCCUGCGGGGCAUUGGGGGAGCGUUUUCAAGCCGAGGCGCGGGGGGGGGGGGUCGGGGAGGAGAGAAUAAAACAAAAUCGGAUCCCCAAAGAAGAGCAGACAGGAGUCAUCGAAAAGGGGAGGGAAGGCUUAUUCUGCUGGCUCUCCGUUUGAGCCCCUCGAUCGCUGAGCUCGUCUUGUAAUUAAAAGAAGGGGGGAGAACCCGUCUCCAAAACUUGCUCCAGUUUAUCAACAAGUGCAGCAGCGGCCCGGGUGCUCCACUCGUUGUAACGAGGGAGGACUCCAACGAUGUGCAAAACGUGCCCUGCCUGACUUAUUUGGGAGCUGCAAAUUUAUGCCUAGUUGGGAAAUGCCCCGGGAAAUAUUACAUCAGACCAAAUGACAGUGAUUAAAAUCAGCUUUGCGCUCCCCCUCGCGCGCGCUCCCUCCCUUUCGCGCCCCCACCCCCACCUUUUCCUUCUUUUGCACUAAAGUCUCUCUGGAAGGGACGUGGCCCUGAGGACUCCGGCGGCGCCAAACCGUUAUCCUCCCCCCCCACCCCCAGCCAAGAAAGACGAAGAGGCAGGACCGUUAGCAAAAAAAAUAGGCGAGAUUUCGACACAGGACCCAAAGCUUGGUGCUCGCGAGGAGAGAGGGGGGGAAAGCGAUUUUGCAGGGGGAAGUCGGUGCGACGGGGAGGCGGCAGAUUUGCAACAGGAUUUUUUUUUCUUUUUAAAAAUUAAAGCAAGACACAGAAAGAGUUAAUUUAGAAAAAUAAAUAACAACAACAAUUCCGGCGGUGGGGAGGGCAGAUUUUGCAGAAGGUUGGGGCCAAGAUCGGCUUUUCCUGCGAAACUAGCCCAGGCGAGAGGAGAGCGAAAAGGGCUGAGCUAAUUGCAGCCUAACGUGGCGGCGGAGCCGGAGGCGUUUUUUCAGAGCCCAGAGCGAGAAGCCGCUGCUGCCGCCGUCUCCCUUUCGCGGUUUCCUUUCUCUCUCUCUCUCUCCCCCUUCUUUUUUCCCUCCCUUUCCCCCCUCCUCUCCCCGCGUUAUUUAGAGAGGAGAUUAUUGCCUUUCUUCUCCCGAGCAGCCUCGGCUCCUCUGUUUUAAGGCUCUUCUCUCCCCGAUCCCCCCCUCCUCCUCCGCCACCCCGCUUUCCUCCCCUCCCCGCGCAGACGAGGCAAAACAAACAGAAAAGAAGAAAAGAGAGAGAGAGGAGAAGAAGAAGAAGCCUGGGCAAAUAGAUCUACAAUAAUAUUGCAUCGCGGCGGCGGCGGCAGCAGGGUCGGAGGCAGCUCAGCCAGAGGAACCUACAAAGGCGCCCCGAGCUCCCUCCGCCUUGCCAAGCGAGCGGCGCGGAGGACGGGGGGCUUGGCCCAGCUCGUCGGCGUUUCUUCUUCGCCGCCUGCGCUCAAGGUAAGGCGGGCGACCCGGGCUGGCGGGGGAAGGCGGGCGGGCGAGCGGGCUCCUCCUGCUUGCCUCCCUCUCUCUGCUUCCUCCUUUGGUUUGCACCGUGCGCGCCUUCCAAAGCAGGGGAUCCCCCCUCCCCAAGUGGUUCUUGCAACUCAACUCGGAUCUUGGGUCUUGUGUGUGCAGUUGCCUUUUUUAAAGCUACAGUGACACUUCCAGCCAAACCCUUCCUUUGCACCGUGUGUGUGUGUGUGUGUGUGCACGCGUGUGCACGCAUGGCUCCGUGCGCGCGCUUGUUCCGCGCGGCCGCGCGUAUGUGUGUAGCUUUGCCUUUUAUUAUUUUUUUUCUCCCGUUAAAAAAAAAAAAAGACAAAAAAGGCAGGAGGCAGCAGCGAUGAUGGCCAGCUUGGCUGGAGCCCCCUGGCCCGAGGCUGCUCGCCUCUCGCUGCUGCCCUCCUAGCAUCAAGCUGGAGAAGCGGGGAGAGGGGUGGAAAGGGGGAGGGGGAAGUGGAAAGGAUCCGGGCAAAGGGAGCUGCGGCUGGCGUGGAGGGAAGCGCGCGGCGCUCGCUGGGGCCCCCGCGGCGUUUGAAUGGUACAUGCACGAGCGAGCGCGCCUUGACAGCCGCCGCGGCUUUGGAAGGGGGGGGAUCGGUGGUUGGGGUGACGAUGAGGGGCGCCAGAAAGGGCUGCCGGCUGCUUUGGGGGUGAGUGCCGUGCGGGGCGGGGGGCAACAUUGGCGCUCCUAGUGCUUUCCGUUUUCUCCUCGGCUGGGUGAUAAGGGGGGGCGUCCCUUCUUUAGGAAGCCCCCUUCCCCGAGGGCUGGUUCUGCACAAAAGGCCAAAGAAAUGGUGAGGAUGAUGAAGGAAAAGCGCUUGGAGGGAACGGGUGAGAGGGGGAGCCAAAGCCCCAGGCAGGCAGGCAGGCGGGCUGUGAAUGAAAGUCUGGCGCCAGCGAUUAGGAGAGGGCGGCGAGCCGAGCCGGCUUGGCCCAGGACUGCCGGCGAUCGUCGGUUUGCGCUGUCGGUACACGCCGCGCGCGGGGCUCCCCAAGCCCUGCUCUAGGGCUGGAGCUCCCCUUUCUAGAGGGGGGGGGACACUACUCUUCCAUCUGCCUGCUUUGCUGCUUCUGUGAAAGAAGAAAAGCCGCCAUGUUGCUCUUUUAAUUUAAUUUUAUUCUUUGAUUUUUGUUUGUUUGUUUGCUUCCCGCUACUGCUGGGAGCUUUUCUUUGGCAAAGCCAAAAGUUUGGAGCGAGCCUCCCUGAAUGCUGUUUAGAGGAUGACCAGCACUCAAAAAGGAGACCGGCGCGGGGUGUUUGGAUGUGUUGGGCCACUUGCACGCUGGCGAGUAGAUGGGGAUGCCUGCUUGAGUUUGUGCGGAGAUUUAGUCUUAAAGACCCCCCAGGCUGCUCUCUGAUACAGAACUUAACCUGGGGGCCCAUUCAACAUAAUGGGAUGGCCCUCCACGUGAGCCUGCAGAAGACUGCACUUUCAAUACAGAGGGAAGUUUCAGCUGGGACCCGUGCAACUUCUUCCUGCGGAGGAAAGUGCAGGCUUGUGUGUUCUGUUUGUUUGUGUGCACACAUAGGAUGGAGGGACAGAAAGCACCUUUCGGACCAAGUUCUGUGCUUAAGUGAGCUGGGAAAUUUUUAAGGGAAGCCACUUCCUAGCAAUAGCUCUGGCUGAACUCUCCAUCUACUCCCAUAAAGAAACCGAGGCAGAUAUUGACAGGAGGCCAUGAACUUGCACCCUUCCACACUCCUAAUGACCAGAUUACACCUCAGCUGUCAACUCCCUGCUUGUGCAGUUGUUCCACCCCCUGCAUCCCUGGGUUUUUAAAGGCUACCAACUGUGGAGAGCUGAGCAUCUUUUGCACAGACAAAGGUGUCCAGGCCUUCUAUGUCUUAACCCACGGGCACAUUUUCUACGGAAAGGUUAAAAGACUUUUGCAAAAGGGAGGGGAGCACUAAUAUUCUCCAAAGGCUCUUGAGGACAAGGACUUUGGGGGGCAGAAAAGGUGCUUAUAUCCAGAUGCUGCCCUAGCCCUGCCUUUGACCAAGAGAGCCCAACAAAGGGAUGGUCCAGAGAGCAGGUUUUAGAUUUGAUCUGAUAUAGGCAGGGGGUGCAGCCCAGGAAGGUCUCCUGCACAAGCUCCCUUGAAAGUGGGGUGGAGGUGGGAAGGGAAGCUGUGCCAGGCCCCCCUUCAUUCCAGGGGGACUCCUGCAGACAUUCCUGCUGGACUCUAGUCCUUAGCCACAGAGCAGUUUGGAUGCACUUGAAGCUUUUGAUAAGCGGCUGGCUGGCUGAAAGGAAGAUGUCCCUUUUGCAUCCCAGAGAAGAGCGGGGGGGGGGGGGAGUAUAUUGCACUGUUUCAAGGCAUCUCUUAAAAACCCGCAGUUUUCAUUUCAUCUCUUAAAUGGGCAUGAAGGAAUUAAACUGCAUGAGUGAAUAACAGCAUUAGUUUCAAUUAAUUUUUUUUAUCCUGGCAACAAUAAACUUUAGAAACAAAAGCGUUUUUACAUCCUUAAUUAGUCUGGCUUCCCAUCUGUAGGCUUUUAAGUGUCUGUGUGCCUUGAUUUAAACUUUGUCCUUCUUUUGGAGCUCCUUUCUUUGCCUGCUUUCCCCCUUUUUUGUUUUGUUUUUAAUCCCUGCAUACCAUUUGCUGUAGUUUCCUAUUGUUUGCAACCUCUCACCUUCCCUCCCUUGGCCUUUGCCUGCUUUGCCUUUUAGUUUCUGCAGUUGCUUUCAGGUAUACAGAUAUAUAUAUUUCUCCCCUUCCCCUCCAAAAAAACACAAUCCCACCCCAUCAUCAGCAGUAUUGGUUACUAUGGCCCCCCAGGGUGUGUAUAUACAAAAAAGGGAAAGUUUUAUCCAUCCCAAACUUAUUUUGCACUUUUGAAGUCUUGUUUUUUUUUUUUAAGGAGGAUUUCAAAUUGUAGCAUCUAGAGUGUAUAUUAAAUGAAUAAUAUUCCUGUAGGCUUGUGUGUGUGAGAGAGAGAAUGAAGACAGAGGCAACACCCUGGAAAUUUCUGCAGUCUUUCAGCAUUCUCUGCCCCAGGGUGAUAGCCCUGGGCAUGGAGUUGAAUGGAGCUCUUACAACUGCCUUCUGUUUACCUUUUAUGGUUAAAAUAACAGCUUAGCAAAGAAGCAACUUCAUGGGGAAGCGAUUCGGUGAAAUCAUUGCAAGCUGUAGCAGCCUAGCUAGUUUAAUCACCCCUAGAGAGCAGAACAACUGUGAGCUCAAUGGGACACAAAAUCAUUUUGUGUGUAAAUGAGCAUAGGAUGGUGGUUAUUUCACUUUCCACGGGCAAAUAGUUUUUACAAGCAGCACUUAGGCAGUUAGCACAGGAAGGCGGGAAGAAAUAAGCUGCCUUUUGGAAGAUCCUGGUGAGAGAUGCUAGAAAGCUACUCUGCACACCAACAUGGAGGCAGUUUGGGUAUCAGGUCUGUUGGUUAUUGGCAUCAUCCAAUGAGAUUUCUUUUGAAUGAGAGCAUUGCAAGACUGCCCAUUCAUUUCGAGCAGGGCUGGUGCAGGAGAAUUUCCUAGUGAAUCAGUGUCUCUGCCUUCAGCAAACUCCCAGAGAUCCUCUUCCUGUGUAGACAAACCACACAGGGAUAAUUUGAACUACUACAGUGUGCUUAGUUUACAUACACACACACACACACACACACACACACACACAAUUCUUAAUUACUCUGUAAAAACUUUCACUUGAGACUGCCUCAGAAUAUGUCAAAAGUUCAUUUCAGAAGCAGUAAACCAAAAGACAGUUUGAUUCUUUCAGUGCAUUCUUUAGAUACAAAUACAAAAAUAUUUACCUUUUCUCUGAAUACUUUUUGCUGGUGUAGAUACAGUGCUUGAGAAAAAUGUCAUCUUAAGUGAAUGAGAGCAAAAGAGUCAGUUGCACGUUUACAGUUCAACUCAUAAUAUCCAUCUUCUGUGACAAAAACAAACAAACACCUGGGUGGUGUUUUUGUAAUCUGCAUACCCAUCUUUCUAGUCCACUCUGAAUUCAGAUCUGGGUCCCCAUUAGAUUUAGAUUAGCAUCUGCUCAAUUUUGUGGACUGCAGACUUGAAUAAUUUUUUUUCUGCAUCUAACAAGUGAGAGACAGCAACAGUGCACAGAGCCAUGCAAGGGAAUAGUAUAAAUUGCUAGAUUGCACAGUUGACAUCCAGGAUGAGAAAUUAAUGUUGUAGCCCUAUGCAAAAUUGCUGGAAAGUGAGCCCCAUUGGAAACAGAUGGACUUACUUCUGAGUAAAAAUGCUUGUGAUGGAGCUGUGAGCCUGCAGUCCUAAUCACUCUUACCAGGGUUAUGCCUCAUAGAGUAGAACUUGAUUCCAAGGAGACAUAUUUUGUAUGAGGGACCCUCAGACAGAGAUGUUGCUGUUGUAGGUUAGCUAGAACACUUGGACUACACUCUUGAUUCUGUAAAUUCAAUGGGAAUCCUGCUUCUGCAAAUCGGAACAGCCUGCGCCUUCUGCCUUUAUCUAGCGGCUGUCAUUUCUUGGCAGAAGUCUCUAUUGCAAGAUAAAACCAUUGCAAAGUAAGAAUUGAAGGGCUUUCUCUGUGCUAAGAUUUCAUUCUGAAGGAGGAAGAAGGCAGAACGGUGAUUAUUCACAAAGGAAAUUGCUGCCUUUAGUUAUAGGGACUUCCUAGGCAGCUCCUGUAACACUAUUAUUAGGGGAUAAUAGGCUAGCUGGGGUCAGAACAAAGACAGGCAGCGCUGACAUCAAGCUUCUAGCUGGAGACCCCCAAAAAUUUAAACCCAGGAAUCUAGUACGUAUAAGAGCUUAUUGUGUUUUUUUGGUGUUGGGAGAAUUUAUAGGCAUCUGGGGAGAUGGGGCACCUACAAGCAGGAAGAAAUGGCAGAAGACAAUGGGGCUGACACUCUGAAAUUAUUUGUUGAAAGCAAGUAGUUCCGUUGAUGAUGUGAAAUAUUUGCUUAAGAUGGCUCAGGGCAAGAACCAAGAGACAUUUGCUCUUUUAAAGAAUUCAGCCCCUCUCCUUGAAGGUGGUGCUAUUGUCAAAAUGCUAAUGAUAAUUUCCUGCCAACUGGCUGAAGUUUCUGGGACAGCACUAAUCUUUGGGGUAGUGCUCAGGUUAGAUGUCCGUUCUGCACUCCUGCGUGUCAAGACAGAAAAGGAUGUGGAUCCGUAAUGGGGUGAUGUAUUUCUGGUGGCAGAGUGGCAAAACAGUCAAUUAAACGUGGAGUUUAUAUUCUUUGUACCGAUGUCCCAAAAUUACUUUUCAGUCAGUUUCUAUGCAAUUCGGAAAAGCAAAUGUUUUCUGCCUGUUGGGGUGAUUUUGUCCAAGCUAGUCGUAUUGUUGCGAUGAUGUUAAAAAGGGAGACUUUGGAUUCUGAGAAGUACGGUCAAAGGAGUCUGUAAGAAAUGGAAAUUCACUGUGAAAUAUUGCAUAGGGUGUGCCUGUCGGAUGUUAGCAGAAUAUAGAUGCUCUGUGUUUUGACUGCAAAUAAAAAUACCAAGUCAAUUAAAUUAUUCUCUGAAAUGUUUCAUAGCUGUAAUAUUUGGCAUAUUUUGCUGUAAUGAGUGGGCGGGGGUGUGUGUUUAGAAAUGAAGUUUAUAGGCUGUGCCACUUGGAAUGCCUUGCAAGAUUUUGUGUUGGUUGCCUGUAUGUGCGACAGUAUUGUUUUAUCCAGAUUAUUAUUUAUUAAUUUAUAUAGCACUUAUGUGUCGGAAUAGCUUCUAAGCAUUAAAGCAAACUGAAGUACCUACUGUCUGUCAAAGUUUAAAAUCUGAUUGUUAUUCUCUCGAAGGCUGAGGGCAAUCAAAUUUCUUGACAUUUUCAUAGAAAUCUGAAUUUUAGUGAAUAAAUUUAUGGAAAGAAAGUUUUGAGUUUAAACUCCUUUUUUUAAAAAGAAAGAAAGAAAGAACUGACUAUAAACAUGAUUGUUGUCUGUAUGCCUAGAUAGGUCUGUAAUAUAUGACUUCAGCUGAGAACACAAGAUAUUUGGAAAUGGUAUACAGAGGGUAACAGUGGUCACUUUUUAAAUGACAUUUUUUGUUCUAGCCUCCUCUUCAGCUAGAAGGCUUUUCCUCUAGAUAAAAAAUAGGUAUUAGUAGUUGUGUUGUGUAGGUAGUUUUUUGGUUUUUUUUAAAUGUUCUAUGUUUGAUGCGAAUUUUACUACAUGUCUAAAUGAAAUGCCUUAGGUACUGAGGAAGUCACUAAUUUAGAGGUGUCUCGUUACUGAGACAAACUUGCAAAAACCCCUGAAUCCCAAUUCACAAAUUGGUUAUUCGUUUGUCAGGGGAUAUUUCACAUCUAACACAUAAGCCCGCGACCUUUAAUUAGAAUUUUGCAGUUUGUUUUAUGCCCCUUGAGGCUGACACCUUGAAAAAGAUCCCCCCCCCCCCCGCUUGAUUUCUUAUUGCUAAUAAGCAUCUUUUCUCUUUGCCCGCUGGUCCUUUGAAGAGUAUGAUGCAAAUACACUUAAUUACGAAGGUGGCAAUAAUUUGUUAGCUGAAUAUGUGAUCAGGCAGAUGCAAAAAUGAUCUUAUUAGAUCUGUGAUCUCAUUGGAAUCAAGGUAAAGCACAGCUGUGCUUAAGAGGAUUUUUCUUCUUCUCUUUUUUCUGUUGGGGCUUCUAGGAGGAAGGCAGAGCGAUGUCCCGGCUGUCUUUAACACGGUCUCCGGUUUCUCCAUUGGCUGCCCAAGGAAUCCCUCUCCCAGCUCAGCUCACCAAAUCCAAUGCCCCCGUGCACAUUGAUGUAGGAGGACACAUGUACACCAGUAGCCUGGCCACCUUGACAAAGUACCCAGAUUCCAGGUAAGGUCAACACUUUUCCUGGCAGCGUCCAACGCAUGGAACUUAACGCUCUUUGAUAGCAGGAAUUCAGCCGUAAGACGAGUAGAAUCGGAAACUGCGAAGUGCUUGUGCUGUUUCCAGAUUGAACCCUCCGAUACAUUCCUUGCCUUCUGUCUUGCAACGUUGUGUUUGAAGCACCUGUUGCGAUUGCUGUCCGCCUUUGCCAGUACCCCUGCUUUGUAGCUAAAUAAAUGUGCCCAUUGAAAGGUAAUUUUAACCCAGGUGUGUGCACACUCUUGGCAUCCCCAAAGAGAGUUCGCAAAGAGUUUUCCGGUUGUGCCUUUUCAGUGAAUUUGUCACCGGUGGGAAUUUGCUCGCUUGUUCUCCAGUCACUUUUGUUUUGAAAUUGUUUUGAUGGAGCUUAAUUUGCAAGUCUGUUUCAUCUGCAGUAAUCCUGAGCUCAGAAACAGAAAAAAGGAAGUGCAGCUGAAAGAAAUUGUAUUCAUAUGCGAAUUAAUGUGCUCAAGGUUGACUUGAGAGACAGUAAUUUGUUGACGAUUCUCCACUGCAUUGUCAUUUCUUGGUUCUUCCAGUUUAUUUGGGAAUAAGUCCCAUUUAGGUGCAAUCUUUGCAUCUAAGCACUUUCUUACAGACACACAAGUCCGAAAGAAAUUAAUAAGCAAACGUGCAGCAUUGUAGUGUUUGCUGGUGCCUUUCAGGGCAAACAUCUUCUUCAAAGCUGCGCAUAAGUUUGUUGCUGCACAUAUCUGAGUUGUGUACCAUUCUAGCGGUUAGAUGCUAAAGACCCACUUAUCUUGUAAAGCUUGUUGUCAAGAUACUGAGUUUCUGGGGAAGAGGCUGUCCUGGGAAGGUGUUUAGAUUAAGUUUUAGGGGUCCCCCCAAAAACCUGAAUGAUGGAUGGGAUUUAAUUUUUAUGUGCAUCAGAAUAUGUCGGCUUCACUGGUCCGAUUCUGUGAUGUAAUGGCAAUUAAGAGAGGCUUGGUUCAUGCUCUAUAAUGAUUCAGAGACUCACAGUUGAAAAGAGAGGAAGCUACAUAUGCAAAACUUUCAAAUCUCUCAUUAUAAAAGAAGCUCCUUCAGGUCUCAAAAUUGGUACCAGGUCUGCAGACUGAGGGAUAAAUCUGUUAGAAAGAUUCCUACACAAGCCCAGUGCAUGGUUUCUGUGCUGUUGAGAAAAUCCUCAAUUGCUUUUUGUAGGUUCAUUGUGCAAGAACUUUCCAGUGAAUGUCUUCCUGGGUCUGUCGAUCUGACUCCAUGUUUGCCCUCGACUGUCAGAGGUUCUGCUUCACACAUUAUAAGUGUGUACCUAAACAUGCAGCGUAUGGGUGAGACAGGCACAUGAUUGCUAACGUAGAUCACAUAGGUUCACUGCUCAGAGGGCCAGGGUUGUCUGCAGCUUCCCUAUCACUGUCAAGAGUACACUUGGUAGCAAACAUGGGUUUGUUUUGGUGCGUAAUGUGUUGGAACCCCUCAGUGCAGGUCUUGUUGGGCUACAACUCCCAUCAUCUGUGGCUAUUGGCCAUGCUGGCUGGGGCUGAUGGGAACUGGAGUCCCAACAACAUUUGAAGGGGCACAGGUACCUCGUCUCUGCCUAAGCAGUUAAAGUCUGGCUGCGAGAUAAUACAUGUAUAAUACAUGACCUUUACUUCUACAAUGUGGAAAUAUGAUUUCUCCUCAGAAGGAUAAAGUGUUCAAUUUUUUUGUGCAAUUUCUUUUUGAAUUUGAGUUUUUUGCAUUGAUUCUGGCAAACCUCUAAACCCAAAAUAGAGAUAGCCUGCACUAUGGCUGUGAUUUCGUUCCGGGGUAGAUGGAGUGGAAUACUUUAAUGACCUUUAGGAAAGAAUCAUGGCCUGAAAUAUUUAUCAUUUAAACUACGAAUAUGAUUAAUUACUCUCCCCCGCUGUCUGAUUUCUAAGGGGAUGUUUAUUUGAAGGUGCUGAUUUGAAGUUUAUUGCGACAGCAUCAGCCCAGUGCAUAAAUAUGCUUAAUAUAACGACGCAAGUGAGAGAUUUGGGUUGUGAGGCUUUCAAACUGGGUUCUUCAAAAGCUUUUCUGUGUGGGGGUAGGAGACCCACAGGUCAUAUCUGCCCCCUACAAAUGUGCCUCCCACAUUUGCCUUUUUUGCAAAGAAAAGAAUUUUAUUUUUGUUGUUAAUCUGUGUUCAGCUUGCUCUUCUUCCUCACCCUUUGCUAGCUGUUGUUGGGCUUUCUUGGGUGUCCAAAACACCUCAUGUCUCUAAAUCAGUUGCCUCUUUUUACCUCUAAAGGGGGCCUUUUUCUCCCUCUGGGGUGCUGCUAUUGUAGGAAAGUCUUAGGAAGAAGGGCUCCUUUCUGUUUCCCAAGAUGGUGGAGCCUCAGAAGAGGGAAGAAAGGUAAAGCAAGGACUUCCUUCCACCGCUGAACUCCAUUCUUCUUUGCUAAUUAGCAAAAGAGUGCUGGGGUCUGAAUAUUGUGUGUUCGUCUGAAUGUGUGUAUGCACAUCUGUGUGUGCAUGCGAAGGAGGCAUACAGCCCUCAGGGUUGGCCAGCCCUCGUUGUGGUCCUUGGGUCAGUAAAGGUUAGCCACUCCUGAUAUAAGUGGCCACAUUCACAUAAUAGACAUAAAGUGCUGUGAUAUCACUUUAAACCGUCACGGCUUCCCCCAGAGAAUUCUGGGAGCUACAGUUUGUCAAGGGUGCUGAGAGUUGUUAGGAGACUCCUAUAACCCUCACAGAGCUACCGUUCCCAGAAUGGCUUAACAAUCAGGCCCUCUUCCCAGGGAACUCUGGGGAUUUUAGCUUUGAGAGAAGGAAUAGGUGGCCUCCCAACAACUCUCAGCCACCUUAACAAACUACAUCUCCCAGGAUCCUUUGGGAGGAAGCCAUUGCUGUUUAAAGUGAUAGGACGCUGUUUGAAAUGUAUAGUACAUUUCAGUGGGACCUCAUAGGGCAGCCUUUGUCGACCUGACACCCUCCAGAUGCCUUGGACCACAACUCCCAUCAUUCCCAGCCACGAGGAGACCAGGAAGAUAGAAGGGAGCAGAAUGAUCGCUUGGCCCAUGUCGACUAUGGCUGGUCUCCUACCAAGUUGUACUUAAGGGUAGUAGGGAUGUGGGGUGUAUUGCAGGACAUGCUUUUAAUUCAUGGUGCUAGUAAGGGCCAACUGUGCCCUGCCUGAACUCUACAUGUGCUCUGGAACACUUCUGUAGCUCCAUGGAAGCACAUGCCUCACCGAAAAAAGGAUAUUGCAGAGUUGAAAAAGUUUCAAAGGGCAACCCACAAAUGAUGAAGGUGAAUGAAUGAAAAAAUUAAAAUAAAGGUGAUGGAGUGACUCCCUUAUAAAGAUAGGUUGCAGUGUUUGGGACUUUUUAGUUUAGAGAAAAGGCGACCUGGUAGAGGUUUAUGAAACUGUGUAUGGCGCUGAGAAAGUGGAUAGAGAAAGUUCUUCUCCCUCAUAACACAAGGACUUGUGGACAUCCAACGAAGGUGAAUGUUGGAAGAUAAAGGACAGAGAAAAGAAAGUACUACCUCACACUGUGCAAACUAUGGAACUGGCUCCCUCGGGAGGCAGUGAUGGCCACCAUCUUGGAUGGCUUUAAACAGGGUUAGACAAAUGCAUGGAAGACAGAGCCACCAACGGCUACUAGCCAUGAUGGUUAUGCUCUACCUCUGCAGUUGGAGACAUCAAUGCCUCUGAAUACCAGUAGGAGGAGAGAGGGAUCUUGUUCUCGGGUCCUUUUUGUGGGUUUCCCUCAGGCAUCUGGUUGGCCACUAUAGGAACAGGAUUCUGGACUAGAGUAGAUGGGCCAGGCCUAAUCAGCAGGAAUGUUCUUGUGUUCUUAUGCUUGGUUGUACAGAAGGUCCAAGGUUCAGCCUCCAUCAUCUCCCUGUAGAGCUGGAGAAGGCGUUUUCUUGGAGGGCGGUUGCUUGUCAGUGCGGUCAGACCUGAGCCUAAUAGGCCCAUGGUCUGAUUUAGUGUAAGGCAGCCUCCGGGAUUCCCAUAAUCCCCGGCAAAAUGCAGUCCCAUGUCCAUUAGCUGCAAAGCCAAUGUUGGAAGAAUUGCUUGAAGGCAGAAGGUUUGGAAGCCGCUGAUAUUAAGUACGCAGAAGUUCAGAGAAAGCGCUGCAGCCCCAAACAUCUGUUUCAUGAUUAAAGGAAAAAGCAGGAGUGGGGAGAAAGAAGGAAGAAAGGAGGGAAAAUAACAACUGGAAAUAUUUAAAGUAUUAUCCACACUGGAAUUGUUGAAGAGAAACGAGUAUGAAACAUGGAAAAAUGAGAUGUGAGGAAAAUUAAUUCCUAAGUUUAAUUUAGGUUUGGUGAAUCAUAGAAUUGUAGAGUUGGAAGGGAAUCCCAAGGAUCAUCUAGUCCAACCCCUUGCAAUGAAAGAAUCUCAACUAAUAAGUUUACAGUACAAACCUCUGGGAGAGGACCAGUCAAAGAGGAUAAUCUGUUUGUCUGAAUAUCACAGUCAAACAAACGGCAACAGGGAGUGGGACCUAGGGCAUGCUGAAUUUUUCAACUUUCAAAUUCCAAAAACGAGGGGUUCUAAAAAGUUGUAAUAUGACUUGGGAAUUCAAAAGAUAUUUUUAUUACAUUAAUUUUAAUUUAGCUUUGCUUGAUAAGUAAAAUGUGUGUAAAAUUGCAUAGAAAUCAUUAAAAAUGAUAGCCAAGAACUUGCUAUGUUAUGUUAUGUUAUGUUAUGUUAUGUUAUGUUAUCAUUUAGCAUUACCUGACAUUUUCAAAAGGUAUCAUGAAAAUGCUUUGGUUUUCCAAGAGCAGUUAAUAUGCUUUUCAAUCAAACAUAGAUUUACCAAGCUAAAUGUUGUCCAGUCACAAAAAUAAUAGCAGAUUUGAAUAGCCAGACUCCUCACUGAAGAAAUUUGCAAAAAUUAAAUUUCAUCCCCUAAAAUGACAUGCCCUAGCAGGACACUGUAUCUUAAUAUUCAUGGUUAGCAGCAGGAAGGGCAUUUGCAGGGCCAAAUUGGUGGUGGCAGUGCAGGGGGAGCUUAACCCUUCCACUGAUUCUUCCCUAGAGGCCCCCCUUUUUUUUCUUGGUUCCAAAGUGGGAACUGGGCCCAGUUUUUGAGUAGAGGGAGGGAGGUUUAGGAGGGAAUCACAGGGCACAGAUACUCCCUUCCUGUAUUCGCAUGAUGGCUAAGUAGCAGACUUACUGACAAUGUAAUUUGAUGUUUGCACUAAGCGUAGCAACCUAAGAGUUCAUAGAAGUUCAGAGGUGGUUUGUGUACUUCCUUUGUUCUCUUGAUACAUUAGCAAAAUAUGUUGCACGUUACCCACUCUGUACUUUGCUUUUGUUAUUUGGAGCUAAACGAUGAAGGAUGAAUCUUUCUCACACGAUACCUACGACAUCGCCUUACCCCAUAUGUUCCCAAUUAACCUCUUCAAGCAGUUGUACUGGAACUGAUAUAGGUGCCACAAAAUACCCAUUCUGCAUUUGUAAAGACGUUGGAACUCCCUGCCUAUUAACAUCAAGCAAGUGCUUUAAUGUACUCUUGUCAUGACCUGCUAAAAGCUUUUUCAUUUAGAGAAGCCUACGGAGGUGUUGAGAAAGUUGAUGCAAGCACCAGUCUUUUUUAGUCUGUUGUAAUCUUAGCUUCUUGAAAGUUUUUAAUUACUGCUGUUAGUUUUUUCUUAUUGAUUAUUUUAUUGUUUUAUCUCUUUUUUUUUGUAAGCUGCUGCUUUGAUGGUUAACCACCACCCCCUCCAUUAAGUAGUGUGUAAAUUUUUAUGAAAUAAAUAAAUAAAAUAAUAAUCUCUUAGGAUGUUUGUGAGAUAACGUUAUCUCAGGAAACAAACCUUCAAGGCAGGUCACACUUCUUACCCUCGUGUCGGGUUGGAUGUGGGCUUGUCCCAGCGAGCUCUGCAUUCAAAUCCAUCCAUGGGCAAGCCAUACUCUCUCACCCUAACCUACCUCACAGGGUUGCUGUGAGGAGAAAAUGAGAUCCCUCCAGCAAUCCAGAUCUUGCUGGACUUCCAAGCCCCACCAUCCCUGACCCUUGACCAUGAUGGCUGGAACUUAUGAGAGUUGGAAUCCAACAACGUUAGGAGGGCCACAGGUUCCCCACCCCUGGUAUAAAGCACCUUCUCAGUGGUGACUCCCCUCUUGUAGAAUGCUUUCCAUAGGGAGGCUCUCCUGGUGCCCUCUGUCUAGUUUAGGCACUAGGCAAAAACUUCCCUGUUUACCUGGGCGUUUGUUUUGGCACUUAGAUGAAGAGGCUUUUAUGUGAAUGUGGUCUUUUUUGGUGGGACAGGAUCUUCUAGCCCUGCCUUUUGUUUGUAUAGAUGUGUUUGUUUGGAUUUUUUAGGCUUUUAAUAUUUAUUGCUAAUAUUUCUGUUGUGAUUGUACGUUGCUUUGAGUCGUUUUGGAGUAAUGCAACGAAAAUAUAUUCUUAAUGAUGAUCAUAACAAUAACCAAUGCAAUAAAAAUAGUAAUGCAUACAGAGCAUUGAACCCAAUUGGCAGCUCUGUCGUUAAAACUCCAGAGGCAGGGGUGCUUGAAGUUAAUAAGCAAGAGGUGAGAGAGAAAGAAUGGAGAAGGAGCAGCGAUUUUAGGAUAAUUCAGAAGGAGAGACCAGUGACUCUUUAGCCAAAUAAGGAAGAGGAGGGGAAAUGUACAGUGGACAUAAAAGCCAGCAAAUUGGAAAAGUGAAAACGUUCUAGGUGCAAAGUACCAUCUAACCAGGGUAGCGUGGGAAAUCUCAUUAGUGACGUAGACCGAGAGGUAAAGAAUGGGUUAGGAGCAGGUGAGAGAGGAAGAGCCAGAGAUUUUGCCUAUUCCAGAGGGGAGCAUAUGUUUGUAUCCUCUUUCAGUGGCUCAUAGAGGCAUUGAUACACUUCCCAGGUGCAAGGAUAAGAAGAACCACUUAGCAGUCUCCCUUAGAAUUAGGUAGCCAAAAUACACCAGGAGUCUCUUGACUUCUUGCCCUGAUCAUGUAAAGGUGAAAGCCAACUUGGACUUCAAGGCAAAGGAAUCUCCUCUGUGACAGGGAGCUGAGAGGAACCUAUUCUUUACUGGGUCGCCUUGAGCCUUAACUGAUUAAGUAUAAAAUUGAUAAGCACUGAGGGGGGCAAAGGAGAAUUAGGGGUGCAGGGAGGUGGAGCAAAGCCAGUAUGGUGUAGUGGUUAGAGUGUGGGACUAGGGAGACCAGGGUUCAAAUCCCCACUCAGCUAUGAAGCUCACUGGACUGACCUUGGGCCAGUCACUGUCUCUCAGCUUAACCUACCUCGUAGGGUUGUUGUGGGGAUUAAAUGAGGAGGAGGAGAAUCAUGUACACCACCCUGCACACUUUGGAGGGGGGAAGGUGACACAUAAAUGCAGUACAGUGGUACCUCGGGUUACAGACGCUUCAGGUUACAGACUCCGCUAAUCCAGAAAUAGUACCUCUGGUUAAGAACUUUGCUUCAGGAUGAGAACAGAAAUCACGCGGUGGCAGCAGCGGGAGGCCCCAUUAGCUAAAGUGGUGCUUCAGGUUAAGAACAGUUUCAGGUUAAGAACGGACCCCCAGAACAAAUUAAGUUCUUAACCCGAGGUACCACUGUAAACAAACAAACAAACUGCUUGCGGUUUAGAAGGACUCAACAUGGUUUUAUGUUUGGGGUUUGGUCCUCCAGUGUUUGGAAAUACGAGAGAAGGGGUUUUCCUAGAACAGGGGUGGAGAGGGAGAGGACUUGCAGGACUUCAGGCUUCUCAUGGGUGGUGAUCACAAAGGUGUGUGGUAUGCAAAUAGGGUCUUCAGGCAAGCAUCUUCUCUUAGGAAGCAACAAUGCUCCUGAAUACCAGUUGCUGGAAACCACAGGACGGGGAGAGGUUUCUUGAGCUUGAAUCCUUUCACAUUCCUCACAGGUUGCACACUGUAAGAACAGGAUGCUGGAAUAGAUGGGGCAUUUACCUGACCCAGCAGGCUCUUCUUCUGUUCUCCGCCAGAGCUCUAUGACAGCCAGUUAGCAGAUACACACUUUGGCUGGCUUUGUAUCAGGAACCAGGGAGGGAGGGAGACCUCAGCUUAUCCUGAGGUUUUCUCAUACCUCUUGGCACAACAGACGAGAGUCACUCCUGUUAAUAAUGCAGAAGCAGAUGUGGGGAACCUUUGGACCUCCAGAUGUUGUUGGACUACAACUCCCAUCAUCCUUGGCUGUUCUUGCUGAGGUUGAUGGGCAUUGUAGUUCAGUAACAGCAAGAGGACCAGUGGCUCCCCACACUCAUUUUAAAGAAAGGUCUUGCCUGCGUCCUCUAAACCUUGGCUUGGUUCACCUUCCCAGAUAAAUAUGUAGUUGCUAGAGGAUAUUUAAAAUGUCACAGAGACUAAGCUUCUUAGCAACACCUUUCAUGACCUAGAUGGAAGCCAACUCAUUUUCAUUGAGACCUACAGUGGGUUUAAAUGACAAGAAAGGAGAUUUUUUUACUAAAGUGUAGGAGGAACUUUCUGGCCGUCAGAGCUGUUCAACAGUGGAACGGACUCCUUCAGAAGGCAGUGGACUCUCCUUCAUCGGAGGUUUUUAAGCAGAGGUUGGGUGGCCAUCUGUCAGGGAAUCUUCAGGUGUGAUUCCUACAUUGCAGGGGGUUGGACCAGGUGACCCAGGAGGCCCCUUCUCACUCUACGAUUCAAUGAUUCUGUCACCAGCUUUUGCAGACUGAAAGAAAGGUAACAAUGCUUAAGGUUCCUAUGUGGUUGGUGAAGGCGUCUGUUUGAAGAAAUAAGGUGGGAGGGAUUCUCCUAACUUUUUAAGUUCUUACGCACAUGCACUUAAUUGGGCAAUAAGGAAAAAGCCCUCUGGGAAGUAAAACUGGAAUAUAUGCAAGUCUUGAUCCAGGUCCAGGGCACUUAACUUUCCUCCCGCAUCCCCACCUACAUUGCUCGCCAUCUCCAUUAUAACCUAAAUUUCAGUUAGAGUGCCUUGACAGUUAAAAAUAUCCAGCCUGAACUACUUGUAAUUAAGCCCUGCUGAGUUGAGUGGGAUUUUUAUUUUCCCCACUGGGGACAGAUGCAUUGCCUGUAGCUGCAGUCCUUAUAUAUACUCAUCCAGGAAUAACUCUUACUGAGCUCCUUGGGUCUUACUUACAAGUAAACUUGCAUAGGACAGGAAAUUAUCUUUCCAGUAAAGUCCCAAGUAAAUCUUGGGUUUUUGGAUUUAUCAAAACCCUUAAAAGAGAUGGCUUGCUCCUGGUCUUGAAAGGUGUUUUACGUCCAAUAAUUUUAUUUAGUAUUUAAUAUUUUUUAAGCAUGUGUAACUGAAAUAAUUGCCCGUCUUUCCCUUCAUCACCUCUAUCUCCACCUCUCUCUCCUUUCUCUAUGGUUUCCCUUGUGUCAAAUUUUAGAUUGUAGGCCCCUUGGAGUUGGGACCUGACUUGUGUACUCUGUCAGGCAUUGUGCACAACAAAGGCAAUGUAUAAUAAAUUAUAAUGUAGGGCUGUAUGCAGCUAUGUUCUACUCAGGGUAGACCUGCUGGAAUUACAGAACUGAUGUUAUUCAUGUCCGUUGCUUUCAAUGGAUCUACCCUGAGUAGGCCUGGCUGUAGAUACAACCCAGUCAUUCCCUAAUCCCUCUAAAGGGCAAACUCAUGAAAUUCUAUUUUUAAAGAAUUCAUCAGCCUGAAAGCGAACGGUGAGCUAAGGUAGUAAUAAUAAUAAAUAACAGGAGUUUUAAAGAACAAUAACUGUUAACAACAUUAAAUCUUACAUGUAUUACCUUUCGUACAAAGACAGCAUUUUUACAUCACGGUAAACAAUAGUUAGUAGUUUACCAUCAGAGCGACAGACUAUGACUCCUGGCUUAGCAUUACAUCUGAACCAGGGGUUGUGCUUUGUUUUUCUUCGGCCAAACCACAACAUUAAGCCAAGGUUUAUACUUGGCUUGCCAGUCAUGAUUUAUCUGAGCAAAUUGUUUGUUGCUCUUGGAAAGGAUCUCUGUGUUUGGUGUAUCCCAUUGACCACAGUUUACUGUGAUGGGCACUAAUGGUUUACUGUGAUGGGCACCUAUCCUGUAAUGGUUGCCCAGCCCCAGUGUGACCCUAUGCAUGUUUACUUAAAAGUAACUCCCACUCUGCACAGUGCAGCUUAUUUCCAGGAGUGUGCAUGCAGGAUUGCAGCAAGAAAUCGGACUUCCCUCUCGCAUCUGCUUCGUUCUGUUUUCUGUGUCUUCUGCCUCUCAUAAUGAUUUAUAAAGCACAGGCAAUUGGCCCCUUAUACUUUAUUGAUCCAUUCAUAAUGCCUUCAGAGAUGUUAGUUAGUCCAUAAUCUCAAUGUUAUUAUUGUUGCAAAUCUCAAUGUUAUUGUCAGAUGUUUGCUGGAAAUAUAAUAUUUAGAGUGCUGAGGGCCUUUCUCCAUUUUACCUGAUUUCUGUUAAUCAGAUCUUCCAGUUGUUACCUGUUAUUAGAUCAUACAGCAUAAAGGCACUACCACUUGGAAUAUCAGGAUGAAAUUCCCCUAACCAACCUCACAUAUUUAGUCCAUCAUACCCUGAAAAUUAACCCAAUCUUCUGGGAUUUGGAGGUGAAGGGGAGGAGGAGUCAAAUUUCUGAAAAUAUAUGGAAAUAGAACCACAAUUCAGUAAAACAGAGCAAUUAAUAAAUAGGCAGUAAAGAGCAAAAACAGCAGUCUCCAGUUAUGAACUGCUCUGAGAUCUUCACAUGAAGGGAGGUAUAUAAAUUAAUUAAAUAAAAUCAUGUUCCCAAACAGGCUUUUGCUAAUUUCCUCAAACUUGAGAGUGAGCUACUCUAGAGGAAGAGGGUGUACUGCCUGGUAACCCAUAAUUGAUGGCUCUGGAAUAUUCAAAACACAUUUUGGAUGUGAAUGAACAGGUCCAUCCCUCAGUCUGUUCCCCAUAACGUACCAUCUUUGUCAGGCUGUUUUGCCAAAACACGCCAGGUUGGCUUAUCAUACUUCACCAGGAAUGAAUUAAUUGUGUCACAAUCAAAGCACAGUUUGGCUGGUUUGACCAGAUUUUUAAAGAAGCUAGUUCCAUUGCAUUAAUAGCAAGUGAAGCUACUUUUCAUGUCAAGAAUGCCAAGCUUACCAUCAUAAGGGACCAGUGCUCAUCCAGAUGUUGUUAGACUCCAUCUAGCCACUGCUCAGCACGAAGGACAACUGGGGGCCCACAAGUUUAAACCUCUGGUCCAAGCCAUCGCUUCUCCCGAUUCAGCCGCAUGUGCGUGUCAGAACACCAGAAACUAAGAAUCUGGUGGAAGAUUCAGGGCAGAUGAAAGAAAGUACUAGUUCAUUCAAUGAAGAGUUAAAACUACGGAACUGCCUCCCACAGGAGGCAGUGCUGGCCACCAAUAUAGUGGAGGAGGAGGCUAUCAACAGCUACUAGCCACGAUAGCUGUGCUCUGUCUCCACAGCCGGAGGCAGUAAAUGCUUCUGAAAACCUGUUGCUGGAAACUACAGGAAGGGGAAGUACUAUUGUGCUCACAUCCUGCUUUUGGGCUUCCCUCAGUGAUCUGGUUGGCCACUGUGAGAACAGGAUGCCGGACUAGAUGGGCCACUGGCCUAAUCUGGCAGGCUCCUCCCUACGUUCUUACCCAUCAGUCAGCAUUCUGGCCUACUUCACACAUCACGUUAAACCAUGGUUUAAAACAAGCUACGAUUUAAUGUGAAGGGGGAGCGUACUGAUAUGCGCUGCUCAGAAGCUCCCACAGCACGUCUCCCCAGUUGCUGCUGUGCGGUGGAUGAAACAAGCCACAAUCUGGCAUGUUGUGUCAUCCAGGCUUGUGGUUUGUGUCACUCCAAAUAAACCACAGAGUUCGUUCUCAGCUUGCCGUUCAUUGUUUCAUCCAAGCAAAGCACAAGCCCGGGUUUGGACAGAAGAAUAAGGUUUGUUUUGUCUGUAGUAUGGCGGCAGCAGCAGGGGAGCAGCACUGUGGGAACUUUUGAGCAGCCUGCACCAGCGCACUGCUCAUUCACGAUCAACUAAUAGUUUGUUUUCAGCUAUGGUUUAAUGUGAAAUUCCCAAGAUGAUCUUAGUUGAGCCAUAGCUAAAUCUACCCUCAUGUCCAAGGUGGAGAUGAUAAUAUGGAUCUGCCUUACAAGAUUGUUUUAAAGUUUUACCUAGAUAAAGGGCAUGAACCACCUUGAGCUCUCAAAAGUGCCAUGGAAAGAUUGUAAUUUGCUACAUUGGUUAUUCCUUUAAGCUACAACUCUAUUACUUUUUCCUCUGUUACAUUUUUGUGUGUGUCUUUGUGUUCUUUUAUAAUAAUAAUAAUAAUUAUUAUUAUUAUUACGUGCUACAUAAAUAAUAAUAAUUGUAACAUAAAACACCAGAGCUGAAAUUUCAACAUUUCUGCUUUCCUCAUGUAAAGUGGUAGCUCUCAAAGUUUAUACCUUUGGGAAACAUUUUCUCCAUUUACCUGUCAGCCAUGUAAAUGGGUCUGCUGUAGGACCAUGGAUGAGGUGCAGAGGUUUCUAGGGUUAGGAUGGGUCCUACCACUAGGCAGAUUGAGGUUACUGCCUCUGGGUAUGAAGGGGACGGAAGCGGUAGCCCCCCUGCCCAGGCAUUCUUCCUGAGCUGGUCCCACCUGUGGCUGUUUCCCUUUGAAAGGGGUCAGAGCUGUAUGUGCUGUUAUGUGCAGACUGCCCUUGUUCUGCCCCUAUGUUAUCCUGAUGUCCUCAGAUGUAGUGCAAAAAGCUGUCCUAUCACCAGCAGUUGAAGUAAGAGUUAACUCCCAGUCCACUUGGCUUCUGCAGAUGGAAUGGGGACGAGGCAUCAUGCAGCCAUGUAGUGGAAGAUUCAACAGUGCAGAGUCCCUUUGUGAUAGUCACAGCCACACACCCUCAUAACCACACCCGCUUCUAAGAUUAUACAAUCUUCUCAUUGUUGUUGUCUUAUCUGUCUUGGGAGACAAUAGAGAUGCUGGCUUCUCCAUGUCUACAGAAUGGAAGAUGGCAGGCUCCCCAAGGAUGUGCUCUAUGGGGAGCUGGCUUCAGGCACCAGACCCAUUGGCAGACCAAUUCUGUGUUGCAAAGAUGUCUGCAGACAAGAUGAGACAACCUUCUAAGAUUAUACAAUAGUAAUAAUUUGGGGUGCAUUGCAGUGGUCAAUGUAGAUCUCCACGUGUGGCCACUCAGCUAGAUCUACCAUUUUCUGUGCAUGUACAUAAGCAAAUGUUUUGGAGUCCUCCCAUAUCUAACUUCGGAGCGACUUAAGUUGUGUUUUCCUUGAAGUCCCUUUGUACUUUACAGAAUUUGCACACCAUUUUCUUGAAUCUGAAGCCCUUGUGUUUUUAGUGUUCCUAAAUGCUCCGUGUUGGAGCAUACAUAGCUUUCCUCCUCGGUGUACUUCUCCAGAGUGACCCUAGUAGACCAUCCUCAGCAGCUGACGCAUCUGCUUUCACCUUGAGUGCCUCCAAUCAGCACAAAGGGUGAGAAGAGUUAUUCGUGGCUAAAAAGCACCCCUUUCAUGCUGAUUGAGUGGCACUAGGAUGCUGGAGACAGGGAGCCUGCUGCAGAAACACACACACACCUGGGCAACUGUACCUCUGGAGCCAUGUUGUCUUUCUCUAAAUCCAGCUACCUCUAUUCUAGAACACACAUUUGGUUUGCACAAGGUAUCGUGCUCCCCAGUCUGAACUGAAGGUGCGUCAACAUUCCGCAAGCUUUCUGCAACUGCAGAAUCCAGGAGACCCUCAUAAGUUUCUGAGGAACCCCAGGGUCCCCCUGCCACCCCGUACUAUGGUUUGAAGACCUUUAAAAAGCAAUAUCACAUCUGGGGGGAAGGGGGUUUCACCAUGCUUUCCACAAGGAUCUAGUUAAAAUGAAUGAGCUCCAUUCUGCUUGAGGCAUCAUCCAGGCCACCAGGAGCCCACACCUAAGCAAACACCAUGGAAAUGAGUAGAGAUUACCUGGGGAAGGGCUGUAGCUUAGUGGUAGAGCACCUGCUUUGCAUCCAGAAUGUCUGAGGUCCAGCCUCUGGCAGCAUCUCUAGGUAUGGCUGGGAAGGCUUCUUUUUCUGAACCACUGGAGAGCUGCUGCCCACCUGCGUAGACAACGCUGAGCUGGGAGGGCCAAGCAUCAGACUCCUUUUAAGGCAACUUCCUAUGUUCACAAGAGGGUCCCAUUCAUUCCUCCCUUGCUAAACUUGUGCACAUUCAUUAUCCAGGUACCAUUCAUUUCAGUGGUGCGCACAAAGAGGUUCCAAGAGCUAGUUCUGGCCUCUCUCUGAGCUCAGCUCUCCCAAGAGUGUCAUUCCAGAGUUGCCAGGCUAAUGCUGUGUUUUACAAGGCAACACAUCAGAGCGUUGGUGUCUCGGAGCCGUCUCCUCUGGGUUUCUCAUUCAUGUUUUCACCCUUCCUAACACAAAAGAGGCCAUAUUACACAUUGACACCUGGGUGGAGAUUUACAUGACAGACUGUGAUUGCUCUGAGAGAGAAAAAAACCUGUGAAGGCUCUAGCAGCAUCAAAGGCGACAUUUUUAAAUAAAAAAUAAGAAACCCAAACCCCACAAACAACUCGGCGCAUAUUACGAACACACUCUCACACAUAUGAUAAUUUAUCUAGGUGGAUAAAUUCACUGGUGGCAGUUGCUAAAUAAUUGCAGACAUGCUCUGUGUUUGUGUUGCUGUUUUAUUAUCACAUAUUCCUAAUGUUUUUUAAACCAAUCUGUAGCCUGCGAAUGGGACGGGAGGGACUUGGAAACCUCUGCAGCCACGGCAGCCAGCUUUCUGAAUCUUGAUUGCAGUGCGGUGUAACAAGUUUAAGUUGAAAGGCUUUAUUUGUCAUUUUUAAAUCGUGAUGCAUCUCUCACACAUGCACACACAACUCCCGUUUCUUAGAAUGUGCUUUUCUUGAGGAAGCCAUGUUCUGUUUCAAUAGAGAAGGGGCUGUGGAGGACUCGAUCCAAUUCAAGUUGAGGGAGAAAGCCUUUAGGGAGUUCUCAUGUAAAGGUCAGCGAUGUAAAGAGUUUCCUAGAGGACAAUAGGAACAAAACAUGGAAGGGGUGGGCAGGCAGUUAGGCAAAAGGGUAGAAGGGGAAAUACAGAAAACCUCAAAUUUUUUUAUUAAAAAACAACAACACACGUUCUAUUUCAGUUGCUUAGUAGCAUCACCUGGAAAUACUUAGGUAACGUAUAUACCUGCGCAAUUAGUAUCUGAGAACUCCAGAAAUAUGAAGACAAAUUAAAUGACAAAAAACCCACCCUGUUAAGUGCAGAGUUAAAAGCAUGAGAUUAGGACAAUUUGAGUGCUGCAAAGGCAGGCCGUGCUGAAUGGAGCAAUUCCUGCCCCCGGGGCCAAAGAUGGCCGCCCUUGCUCCGUGCUGCAACACAAGGAAAUCAGUGGAAUGAGGGCCUCUGGAGAAGCGAGAAGAGACCAGCUUAGCCAUCAUAACAAACAUAUGAUUUCACACACACUCACACACCAUUUGUUUAAACCCAGUUGGCGGGGGGCGGGGGGAGAGACACAGGCACAUCACAGUGCAUUGGAUUUUGAGUUUCUGCUGUUCAAAGGUCAGAGAAAGGUAACGUGGCUCGGUUUCAGAUUUAUAUUAUUUUGGCAAUAAGGUCGCACUGCCAGACUCGUGCGUUUCGUUGUGGAACUGGUUUUCUAGACUGCAGAUUUGAGGCCUGGGAUUGUGGCUUCUAAGGCAGCCUUGCAAAUCAGACUUCCCCAACCUGGUGCCCUCCACACAGCCAGAGGGCACCAGUUUGUGACAGCUGCUGUAGAUAAGGCCACAAAAAUGGCUAGCUUCCAUUGCAGACAAUUUACUCAGAAGGAAAUUCCAUUGUAUUCAGCAGGACUUGAGCACUGGGGAUGGGGGCACUUUCCUCUCCCUUUUUCUGGCAGAUGGGCAAGGGCUUGCAGGAAGAGAGGGGCUGAUGCUGCUUAGUCAACUGGUCCUUCGUUCCUGAUGUGUCAUCAUCCUGGCCUAGGAGGCUGGUGCCUGUGGCUGGAAGUUUCCAGAGGUCUGCACUACUGCCACAUCCAUGCCUGGUUGCUGCCCUUCUGGGCCUCCUGAGCUUUGUAGGCAGCAGGAGGUAGCCACUGUCAAUGGGAUCAACUUCUCUUUGCCUCUGCAGCUCCUCCUGGAUUUCAAAGGGCAGCUUUUGCUGUGCCAACACCACUACCCCCAGGCUGAGGUCUUUGAGUGGUGCAUGUGCAUCUGCGUCUGCCUGACUUGUUGUCUCCCAUGUCCAUCUAGACAUCCCAGUCAAUGCUCACCACCAUCAUCAAAUUCCUCACCUGCCCUUCAUGCCAAGCCAGGGCAGCUUUCAACAAUUAAAGCACAAUGUUAAGAACAGUGGGUCCCAAAAUGGGCAGUGGCAUUACCCAGGGCUGCUGGGUUGUGAACCAGUAUGAUCCCCAAUCUGUCCUGAUUACCCAGUGCCACUCCACAUCCCCACUGUGUUCCAGCAUCACACCUGAACAGAAAAUGCCCUCCUGUGCAGGAGCCACAAUUGGCACUCACCAGCCCUGCUUGUUUAGUUUCCCACCAUCCCUUAUAGAUCAUGAAAGGGGCUUUAGCUUGUGUUCAAGUGAAUGUGUGGCAAAGUCAGUGGGGUGAUGUAUACCAAGUUACCGAAAUAAAUAUAUAUGUAUAAGUUGUUGGGGGAUUGUCCUUCCAUGUAUGGCCCCAUGCUUGAUGAUUUGCGUCUUCAAGUAACCACCAGAAAGCAUCUACUCUGUGCAGGGUGGAUAAAAAUCAAUGAUUUAAAAAAUUAAAAAAUAAAAAUCAGAUUUUUAAAAUUAUUUAAAUCUGAUAAAUCAGAUUUUUAAAAUUUAAAUCGGAUUUUUAAAAUAAAAUGCUUUUGGAGGAAAAAUCUUUCUAAAGAUAGUUUUCUAUUUAAGUUACAUUAUAGUCCAAAGGCUAUUCAUCAGGAAAUAAGGAUUUGUUUAAUUUUUUUCAUGUGUGCUAAAACUCAGUUGGUAAGUUUUUGGUUUUUUAAAACUCGUUUAACCACGUCAGUUAACAGACAUGGAUACAUAUGCUAUAAUGUUAUUGUUUUAGUUUAAAAAAUUGUUUAAAUUGUUAUUAAGGAAAUGAUUGUUUUUCUCCUUCCAGUAAAGAACAGCAGAAAAGUUGUCCAAAUAUAAACAAUAAUUUCAUAAUUACCUGUCUUUGUAUUUCUGAUAGUAUAACCAAAUCAUUAAUUUUUGAUAUACCGGAAGUGAGUGUUCUGGUUUUCGAACGUUCUUUUGGAAGCCGAACGUCCGAGGGGCUUCCGCAGCUUCUGAUUGGCUGCAGGAGCUUCAAACGUUUUGGAAGUUGAACGGACUUCCGGAACGGAUUCCGUUCAACUUCCAGGGUAUGACUGUAUUCAGGCUUUGACAUGGCAGAAUGUUGUUUGAUGUAGCCAACCUACCUAUACAGGCUCUGUCCUUGUCUCAGUGAUAAAAGCCAAAUCCCUAUCAGUCCUUCACACUCUAAGGUGACCAAGCUAUGGAGCCUUGGUCUUGUUAUGCAGAUGAGGGGGUGGGGCUAUGCAGAUAGGGCGAGUCUCACUUCUCAAAAGGUUCCCCCCAAAGCCCUUUUCACCCCUCUUGCCACUGCUGCCUGUUCUCCUCUCCAAGGGUGUGAGCAAUGUUGACAAUCAGAGGAAGGAUAAUCCUGCUCCCACCCUUGGUUUCCAUUGACGUCUCCUCCUGUGCAGUGCUGGGGAUUGGGUGCAUAGUGAAGGGGACAUUGAAUGGGCUGUGGUGGAAGUGGCAAGGAACGCAGGGUGGUGCUUGCCCAAGAGCCCUGCUUCCCUCCCCACCUCCAAAACAAUCUGGAACUGAUGCUUCUGGUGGAAGCAGAUCAGGUUUUUUUGUAUAGCAGGCAAAGCCAGCUGAAAGUGUUUUGUCGGUGUGUUCACUUACAACAUUCAGUUUCUGCUCAAAAGAAAAGGGCUUCUCCCUUAUUGAUUUUUUUGUUUUAAUCCUUGCAUCUGGCAGUCUCCUGGAGGAGGUAUAAAGAGAGAGAAAGAUAAGGUGCACUUUGCUGGAAAUCAUGUCCCGAGGUCACUGUAAAAAUGCAAGAGACGCAGCGUUACUUCUUGAUAGUUGGGCUUUGAAUGUGUUUUGCAGCAAGACUGUCUCCUCCACAAGUUGGGUUUUUGAUAAUGCACAGAGCCCUUCUGAGUGCAAAGUGUGGGUGAGGACUGUGAAACAGAAAGCGGUGCAGACUCUUGCCGCGUUUGUGGGACAUGAACAUCUGGGUGCUUGAUGUGAGAUGACACAAAUAAACCCAUGCCGGUCCAGACCAUGGGUCUGCCUGUUCCAGCACUCUGCUUUCAGGCAGAGCAGGCCGUAUGCCUCUGGGGCCCCCAGCUACACUAUACAUUUUUUUUUUUUUAAUAAUUUUUAUUAAAGUUUUAAACAAAGAAAAAAGAAAAAACAACACACACAAAAAAAAAUACAAAAUUUAACAAUAAAAACACACAACAUAACAAUUUAAAACAAACUCUCUUUUACAUUCCCAAUUUUGAAUUACUUAUUUUCUGGACUUCCUCAUACCUCCCUCUUUUGUAUUCCAAUCUACAUUAUUUGUCCAGCAAUUUCUUUUCCACUUUUUUAAACCCAAUCUUUAAUUUAAUAAAAUAUUAAACUAUAUAACACAAACAUAAUCCUUGUUCUUAAUAUCAUAUACCUUUAAAUUUUUCCCAAUCUUAAUCUUUAAUCUUAAUCUAUCCUAGCUUUAACCUGUACAGCUGGAAACCACCUAUUUUCAAUCCAACAUCACUCUAACAUUCCUUAAUUUUGCAGUGUUUCUGAAGAUAGUCUUUGAAUUUCUUCCAAUCUUCCUCCAUCGACUCUUCUCCCUGGUCACGGAUUCUGCCAGUCAUUUCCGCCAAUCAGCUACACUAUACAUUUAAAGCAGCAUGACACCACUUUAAACAGUCAUGGCUUCCCCCGAAGAAUCCUGGGAGCUGUAGUUCAUUAAGGGUGCUGAGAGUUGUGAGGUGAUCCCUGUUCACCCAUUCCUCAUACACAGCUGCAUUUCCCAAAGUUGUAUAAAAACAAAUCUCUCUUCCUAGGCAAUUAUAACUCUGUGAGGGGAAUAGGGGUUCCCUAAUGUGUCUCAGCACCCAUCGCAAACUACAAGAUUCCUUGAGGGAAACCAUGUAAAUUUAUUAGCAAUGAUUUUAUUGUUUUAUCUUUUUUGUAAUUGGCUUUGAGUUUUUCAGGCGGCAUGUACAUAUUAAUUAAUAAAUAAAUGCCUGUUUAAAGUGGUGUGAUACUGCUUUCAAUGUGCGAUGCAGACCGGGGCUGGGAAUUACACAGAGAGGCAGCGUAUGAGUGCAACCAUCUUCCCCCAUUAUUUGAGGUAGCCUCUCUGCCCAGCAGCCCUUGAAAGCUUGAAUUUGCCUAAUCUCCCUUUAAAACCAUUGAAGUUGACAGCCAUUGCUACCGAAAUGCUUUAGCCCAGGAAUGAAAGAGCCUUUUCUGCUCUGGGGGCCACAUAUCUAAGGUGGGCAUGUCCAAGAAGAAGUGGACAUGGCUAUAAUCUCAAGCCAUGUGUGUGUGGACAUACAGUUCAUACACAUACACAUUCAGAUGAUACCUAUAUACACACAGUCUUGCUCACAUACACUCUCCUCCCUCUGGCCAGACAAAAAGAACCUCUGCUUUCUUUUCAGCCCUGGUUGCUUGAGAGGGAAAGGGCAGUCAUAGCUUGGUGACAGAGCAUCUGGCUGGGAAUAAUGGGAGUUGUUGUCCAAUGACAAGACUGCCAUGGAGACAUAGAGGAAAGUAGAAUGUUUUAGGGGAGCAAUGUGGAACUUCUUUGCUACUGCUGCAGAAGAGGGGAAAUAUGGAGAGAGAGCAAUGAAAUAGCAAUGGGAUCGAAGCAAGAAGGGGGACUGUUUGAGUUGCGAUUUUCAAACGGAUGAAUAGUGUGGGCUGAUCCUUCCAGGUGCUGAGUGCCUUCAAGUCUCUUCAUACCAGGAAGAGAGAGGAGCUCUUCCCCCUGCAGAGCUGGGCCCUUAGGGGAGCCAAGGAACACGAAGAUGUUGGUUGAGGGAUUUGUUUUAAUGGGAAGAGCUUUCGCUCAGACACCAGUUUCUACAUCCCAAAUUUGUGUUACUUGAAACAUAAAAGAGCGCAGGGACCCUCUGCAGCAGCAGCAGCAGCCACAAUAGUCUUCUAAAACAGGAUGUUUUAUAGAUGUGAUUAUAUUUUUUUAAUCUUUUACCUGCUUAUGUGAUAUUCAAAUAGGACUGAGUAAAUCCUCAUGGAAACAGGCGUACUUAUGCACAGGGCCCCCAUGUCUACGUGCGGUUUCUGCUGCUCGGGCAGAGCUCAUCUAAAGGCAGCUUCCAUGCCACUGUGUGGGGUGAAAAGAUGGGCCCAGAUGGAGCUGUGAUGGCUAAGGCAACAUGCAUAGGUGGCAUCAACCCUUUGGGAUGGAGGGAACAAGCCUGGGAUACUGAGCACUUCCCCAAAAUGGGAACAGUUGGCAAUCCCUGGCCACAGAAGGGAUGACUCAUUUUAUUUAUGAACAUAAGGAGAGCCUGCUGGAUCAGGUGGUCCACCUUGUCCAACAUCUUGUUCUCACAGUGGCCAACCAGACGCCUGUAGGAAACCCACAAGUAGGAGCAGGGCCCAACUCUCCCCACCUGUGGUUUCCAACAAGUGGUGUUCAGAAGCAUUGUCAUCUCCAACCAUGAAGGCAGAGCAUAUCUAGUAGCUGUUGAUAGCCUCCUCCAUGAAUUUGGCCAAUCCUCCUCCCAAGCCCUCCAGGUUGGUGGCCAUUGCUGCCUCCGGAGGGAGUAAUUUCCACAGUUUGCCAUGCAUCAUUUUAUAAAUGUCUAUCAUUUCACCUCUUGUUCACCUCUUCUAUAAACCCAGGAAGCGUGUGGUGCAGGCCCAGUCAGCAGUGUGUCCUGGGGAGAAUCCAGAUACAGAGGCCUAGAUGGCCUGAGGUUCCCCAGUCCUGUUUUGCCCCCUUCUGACCUGCUACCCAACCAUCAUCCUCUCUGUCUCUCACAUUCCAGAUUCUUUCUCUCUCUCUCUCUCUCUCUCUCUCUCUCUCUCUCUCUCUCUCCCCCCGCCUUGGAGGUUUGUUACCAUCUGCAGUACAUGUGUUUUGAGUAGGGAUAGGUGGAUCAGUUUGUUUGUGAUCUGUUCUCGGUUUUGCACCUGCUCAUCCAUAAGUCCCUCGUUAAUCUGCAAAGGAACCCACAUGAAGAUGUGUAUUAAAAGACACAUUUUAGCUCCAUGCAUAUGUUUUUGAAUGUAUUUUAUUCUAAAACUACACAGUUCGGUGCUUUUAUGAACAAAGAACUGUAUUGCAAAAUUCAGAGGAGUGUGAAAAUCUGAAGAAUAAUGAAUUGGAUCAGCUUCCGUUGGAAUUUCUCAAACAUUCUGUUUUGGCAUGUGGAUUUCUUUCUUGAACAUAUGAAACUGCCCUGCUGAGUUACACUAGCCCAGGUACUCUUAUCCAGCCCUGCAUUGUUUAAGGAAACACAGCUUUCUGCAGCUCUCAGCCAGGGCGUUUCUUUCGUAGACCUACCUGGAUUGAACUUAGAGCACAGUCUGUUCUCUAGUACUUGAACUUUGCCAUAUUAGAUGCUACAAUAAAUGUGCUAAGUGUCCGUUUUGCAGAUAGAAGUGGUUAAGCGGGCAUAUAUGGAGAAAGGCGACCCCACAUGAAACUGUAUUGAUAAAAGGUGUUCUGAGCAUGGACAUGUGAUGCUUCUGUUGCCAUUGAGUAGCCAGAGCCUAUGACAGCCUUCCCAUCCUGAUGCCCUCCAGAUGUUUUGGACUGCAUCUCCCAUCAGCCCCUGCCCGCACGGCUGUGUGAUGCUGAGGGUUGAUGAGAGAGCUGUAGUCACAAUCAUCUUGAGGCCCCAAAGGCUGUGUCUUCCCCAGGUUUGGGGCCUGAGUCUUGACCCUUCUUAUUAGAUAAAUCAAGCUCUCUUUAUGACGCAUGCAUACAUCUGUCUUCCCUCAAAGGAAUGGCCUCUCAAAAGUGGCCUAUUAUGGAUGAUUAGUAUGUUUGAUGGUUCCCAUCUGUUGUCCACUGUCUCCAUGGUGCUAGAAUUGUGGGAUAUUUUUCUGCUAUUUAUUUAUCAAAACGUUUCUCAACCUCUUUGCAUGUCAAGUUUCAAGGCUUGUGUUCAGUAACUCUAAAAGCAUAAGCAACUUAAAAUUCAAUAAAGGUUUUUUAAAAAAUGUAGCUGUUGGCCCAUAGCAGAAUUAAGGUCACAACAGCCCACUAAAGGCCCUGGAAACAUAAAUAUGUUCUUAAGAGUCACAGCAAUGCCAUCAGUGUUUCAGUUUAUUUGAAUGCCACCUCCCCACCCCCCAAAAUGUGGCCAAAGUAUCUCACAGUUUAUCAAAUGAACAAUUUGUAUAUAUUCAAAGCACAUUAGGAACAGCUAUAAAUAAGUACCAAAAAUAAUAAUCCAUAGUGUUGUGUAAAACAAUACAGAUAAGCUAAGCUAACUGAAUAGCUUAAAUGAAACAAUACAAAGAAACCAAUGUCAUUAAAUAACUGAAGCUAAGCAGAAUACGAAAAAGGAAGGCUAGCAUAGGAUGCACCACUCUGUUCCAGAUGAUGCACCUGUAUCAAGUGGUUUGGUUCCGAGACUCCUCAUAUUCAGUAUCCAAGGACCUCACCCCAUCUUCCACCUGAGGUAGUGCAGACACACACACCCUGGCUUUUACCAUGCGGCAGCCAGCAACUUUCCUUCCACACUCUCCCACCAAGCGACACACAUCAAACCAAGCUGGGAGUUGUCAUGAGUCUCGAGGUGUCUCCUGGCUCAGGAGUGGAGUACCACGCAGUGACAGGUAUGGAGGGGUAACUGGAGGAUGACAUGGGAGGGGCUGAGAGUGGGGUACAGAGGCUGGAGGAGGUGGAUACUGUCCCCUGCUGGGGAAGCAGGACUCCCAUCUCCCCUCUUCUGUCCUGGAGGGAGGAGAGCACCAAUAGAACCCAAGGGACAGCGGGAGGCAUCAGUCCACCACUAGGGAUGGAGAGUCAGAAGGGAGGGGCACAACCUGGUCACCCAGGACCCAGCAGUACUCCCAUUGCUGGGAACAGGCACAUCCUCCCUGAUGCAAUGAGCUCCUGCGCAUGCGCAAUCUCACAAGGCCUACGAGUCUUGUGAGUAAGUGCAGCUUGGCUCGGCUUUCAAAGCUUGGCAGGUGGGUGUGUCAACCCAUUGGAACAGCUUCAUUGCUUCUGUGCCGUUCUCAACUCCUUGACCUGAUCUUAAAUUUAGACUGCUGCUGCUGCUGCUUGUCCAGCUAGCCUCACCUCUGCCUGUUGUCAAGGACGAGCAUAGCGGCUGCUGUGACCCAUUGCCCGUUGCUGAGCCGAGAUGUCUUCUCUGCGUCUAUCGAGAUCUCUCCCUUUUUCUCAAGUCAGUGCUUCUGUCAUCUUGGUGGGAGCUAGGGCAAGGGCUGUGAAAAUGGGCUCAGGGUAGUGCCUCACUCUAAUGGCGACCCCGAAGUGGCAACCUCAGAAUGGCAUUUCACAGCAGGGAUUCUCCACCCACCUACCCACAAGCCAACCACUGCCUGUACUGUGCAGCUGGAGCUUGUAAGAAGAAGACUCACCAGGAUGCAACAAGGGGGGGCAUACAGAUGUGGGGAAUCUUGUGUUAGUUUUUCCGGUUAUAAUGCUAGUGCUUCUGUCCCAUUUUCUAAUGUCCUUUUCACACUGCCGUACCUGUUGUGUUAUGGAACUGUGGCUUUUUGAACGCUAUACCAGCAUGUCAUGCUAAAUUUCAUCCACACCAGUGGCUGUGAUAUGACACAACAAUGAGCAUCACUGAACUGCAUCACUAUUCUCCCACCCCUUCCGUACAGGCCUGCUGCAUGAUUUCCCCCAUGAAAACAGCAGGACAGAACUGCCUCUCCGAUAUACUGCCCCAAAUUUGGUCACUUUAACUCCUGUGAUUUUCUGGGUAAAGGGAGCUGCAAACAGGUAUUUUUUCUUUCUUUCUGGAAUCAAAUAUCAUGGAAAUGAGCAUGAAACAAGCACUGUAUUCCGUUAAUUUUCCAGAAGUGGCUUUUGCAUCGUGCGACAGUUCGACUGUAAUAUGGAAGUGAACAGUUAGGGAAACAUUGGGGAAAUGGAAUAAACGGUUGUGUGAAUCCGUGGUGUCUUCCAGCAGGGCUGGUGCACUCUGCCUUGUAAGUUCUUUCAUUGCAGGGCCUGCUGACCCCAAGCCAAGCCCCACCCCUGCCAUCCAAAAGUGCUUUAAUAGCAGAGGCUUGCCCUGUUUGAUAGCUGGCAAACGUUUUUGUCCAAAUUUCCCACUUGAUUUGAGUUGGAUCAGCAUUUGUAUCAGUCAUGGAAAAAACCCUAAUUGGAUUCAUUAUUCAAAUUCAGGAGCGCACUGCGUAUACUUCUCAAUUCUCUUUCAUCCCCUCAUCCGUUGUUCCUGGAAGUUUGACACACACACACACACAUGCAUGGGGAACUUUAAAAGAGAUUUCUCAGCACAGCCUCUCUUUGGUACAUUGACUUUUAAAAAUAUGUCUUGAUUGCGUACAGCCAGCUCCCAUCUUUGGCAAAAAAAAUAAUAUAUAUAUAUAUUCUCAUCUGCACUGAAAAAUAUAAAAGUAUUAAAUCUCGGCGGUAGAAAUAGAUCCAGUCAUUCCUCCAGGUGCUUAAUAGUUAGUGGAUGUAAUAUCCAUCAAAAGCGCUGAAGAAGUAACAUGCUCCUGUGGCACUCCAGCAUCAAAGUCAAAAGGUAGGAACACAGUGUUAUUACAGAAAUUAGAGAUGGAGAAAGCCUAUUAUCUUGUGGGACCAGUCAGGAUUGCAGUGGCUCUUAGAACGCAGUCUCUGCUCCUCUGCAUCAGCCCAUAUCUGACUCCACGCGUUCCAAGGUCUUGGGUAAGAGAAUUUUCACCUUCCCAGUCCCCAUCUGCCUCUAGAUAUGUGCAAAAAGGAAGUAAGCAACCCCUUUAUGCAAGGGCAGCCGACAUGGUGCCCACCAGAUGUUGGGGGAAGCCAUCGCUGUUCCAAGUGGAACAAUACUGGUUUAAAUGUGUGGGGCGGAUGAGGACUUUCUCUUAUGUAUAUGUUGAAGGAAAGGAAGUUUUUGACUGUCAGGGUGAAAGCGAGGCGUAAUUUAUUCAGUGGGAGAAAGCCCCAUUAAGUGCAGAGUUUGUGCAUAAGGUUGGGAUAAUUUUAAAGUUCCUAAAGCAUGGAAAUACAAAUUGAAACCAUUCCUGCCCUUGGGGGGCGGGGGGCAACCAGAGAAGCCUUAACCUUGCACGGUGACACACAGGAGUGAAAGAAUCCAGAGCACUUUAUAUCCUACCAUUAAUUGGAUCACUACAAUUAAAGGUCACAAAUCAGGAAAUAAGAUCAUGGUUUGAAAGUAGGCAAACCCCACGGUAUUACUGCCUGAUAAUUUCAGCCGAAGCACACAUGACACACUCACAUAUUCAUGUUUGUUUGACAUCUGCCCUUAAUUUUAUCAAGGGGUCCUUUUAUUUAUGUAAGCAAUUUGUAUUCCACUCCUCUUCAGCAGACCUCAGUGCAGAUGAGCAGGGUUUGGAAUACAAAAAAACACACACAAAAAUCUAAGCAUAAAAUCACAAUAUAGCAAUCAGUCUAAAUAACUCUAGUGCCCUGCAUAUGGCCAGAGAUAUCUAGGGUGGGGAAAACUCGACUUGCGUUUCCUGGAUUUCAAGAGAAGAAGUGAUCAGAGGCCACUUUUUGUGGCUCCGAUGUCUGGGGAGGUGGGGAGCACGUUGCAGGUACACAAUCCAUACCUGAGCCCUUUGCCAAAGAGGAAGGCGAGAUACAUCACUUUAAAAUGUUUAGGUUACACCUGGCAAUAGUUACGCGCAAAAUAGACUCAUGGAAAUUGAUGGAUAGGGCUACGCCACAUCCAUAGCAUAUGCUUAAAGUUCUAUGAUACCAGAGUUUCACCUCUCCCCCACAGCCCCCAAGAAUUCUGUGUGGGAAUGUUCAGGGUGGCAGGAGAGGAUAUACUGUUUAUUAAUAUCCUUCCUAACUUUUGCUAGCAAGUUCCUUUACUUAGCAGAGUGUGCAUUCCCCUUUACACAGCAGAAAACUAGUUGCAAACCCGUGUGAGUUUCUUAAGACAAUAAGCAAUUCAGUCUGGCUUGUCCAGAUUGAAAUGUAUUCUAAUAUUUUCCUGGUAAGACCCCUUGAAUCCCUCCUAAAAGAAUAAAGACACCACAGUCUUAUUCAUAAGCAAUAAAAAGAAAGUUUACUCAUGACCAGGCAGAGCACAGUGUGAUCCCUGAAGGCAGGCUUAAGGCUUAAAGUUACAAAUGUAUAAAAACAGGUUUACCCCAUAAGGGAGAUGACCUGAGGGACUGCUUGGCUGGCAGCCAGCAGUUCAUUCCAGGAAGUUCGCAGGACAAAAAGAAGAUGGAAAAGAGGGAGAGUGGCAGCAUGCCUUGGCCUUUUACCAGGUCUGGAAAGGUCAUGCCCACCCACUAAUCACAUGCAAGGAAGGAUGCUCCAGGCCAGGAAGAACAGGAAGUUUUGACUGGCUGGACCAAACAUCCCCUUGCAUGUCCACUCUAGGAAAACAAGGAAUGUUGUAUUUGACUGCUCCCAGUGGAUUACAUCCCACAUUCUGUAGUUCAUUAAGGGUGCUGAAAGUUGCUUUUGAGACCCCUACUCCCCUCACAGAACUACAGUUCUCAAGAACAGUUUAACAAUCAGUCCUUUUCCCAAGGAACUUGUAAGGCUUUUUCAACGUAUGGUGCCAGUGUGACCUAACUCAGGUCCAUUCAUUUCAGUGGCUCUGCUGUGAAUAUAAUUUAGGUGGCUACAGCCCUGCAAAUCUGAAUAACUAUUUGGGGAAGGGUUGCUGACCCCUGGUGUAGACAAUACUGAAUUAGAUGGACAUAUGGUCUGACUCACUAUAAGGCAGCUUCCUACAUUCCUAAGAGCAGGCAGCUGGGUCUGGAUUGCUUUUGGGUGCAAGCAGACUCAUCAUUCACACAGUCGCUGGUCCUUAAAUCUGAUGGAAUCGUGCACCCCCUUCAUUUAUUUUGUUGGUUAGGCAUGCCUCAUACUUAACGAUUUGCAGGCUGCGGUAAGAUUCAGAAAAGAAUGUUUCAUGCAAGCAGUUUGGAGCACCUUUCUUGGCCCCAGGAAAGCCCUGUAGCAAUUUCUUCGGCGUAGCUGGGAGCAGGCGUUGUUGGGAAAGUCUCGAUAACUGAUAAAACUGCUGCUGCUUCCUCGCUGGUUUCCUUGAGGCAAUUCACCUACCCUUGAUCAGCACCAGGUUUGGGUUGUUUUUUUAGUUUUUUACUGAGCAACUGGAGGUUUCAGAGAUAUGAAUGAGAGACUUGGGGAUUUGAGAGAAGAAGGCCAGGGGCGGAACCGCUGCUUCUGUCAUUCCAGUUCCGCCACCUUAUGAAAGUUGGGUUAACCGUUUUUGGAGACUGAGAGCUGAGGCCCAAACCAUUUCUCAUGCAGCCUGAUGUUGUUGUCGUUAUUGUUGUUGUUGUUGUUGUUGUUGUUGUUGUCAUCAUUUGCCCACCUAAGGUCCCAAAACGGGUUGCAGCCAUUAUAACACAAUUACAAUUACUGGGUUGCAAAAAUACACAUCUUAGGUAUCAAAUUGUUAUUCUUACUUUAUUUAUUUAUAUCCCGCCUUUUUCCCAGAUGAGGACACUGGCCUGUUUUGCCACUUCAAAAUCCCUGCAAGAGUUUAGGGAAGCUUUUAAUGUUUAAUAGGUUAUUGUAUUUUAGUGUUUUGUUGGAAGCCGCCCAGAGUGGCUAGGGAAACCCAGCCAGAUGGGUGGGGUAUAAAUAAUAAAUUAUUAUUAUUAUUAUUAUUAUUAUUAUUAUUAUAGUUCUCGGGGCACAUCUCUCUAACAAUACAGUGCUGCUGACCUGACUUUGCAGGUUCAUUCACAGGCUGUGGUGUUUCCCCUCUUCCGUCAAGCCUUUGAGGAGAGCUUUCAAAGGCCGUGAAGCUCUUUAUUUGUUGGGAAGGGAACAAGGAAACUCAUUCCUGCAUUGCUUAGAACACACUAUUUUUCUCCCUCUCCUCACACACUCUGCUGUGGAAUCUCUCAGCACAGCGCUGGAAGCGCUGGAAACAGUCUACAUCGCUCAAGCAGUCGGUGGCCCAUCCCUUGCUGGUGUGAGAGGCAGUGUGGCAUAUAGAAGGAUAGAGUCUCAGGCUUGGACCUUGGAAGGCAGAGUUGAAAUCUCCACUUGGCUGGGAACCUCCCUGGGUGGCCUUGGACCAGUCACCAUCUCUCAGCCUAACCUACCUCACAAAGUUGUUGCGAAAAAUGGAGGUGGGGGGACCACAUAUGCCUCCAUUUUCAGCUUCUUGGAGGAAAGAUGGGAUGGAAAUGUAAUAACAAUAAUAAUAAGCAUGAUAUAGCUGUUGGGCCAGCCUUGUGUGGCUCUUAGACGACAAUGGAAAAAAGCCCCCUAUGUUUCUUUUCCCUGGCUUGAGGGUGGGGUGCGCUUUUCCUCCCACUGAGAUCUUCUUUCCAGCUUGGCGAUGUCCUGAUUUCCUACCUCUGCCGCUUGAGCUCCACGUCUGAGCCGAAGAGCAAAGCACAAUUGACAGACUCCAUAUCAAGUGCCGAGAAGGCCUCAGAGAUCUUGUCAACUUCGCUUUGCCCUUCCUGUUGUGUCUGGGAUCAAACAGCCAGAGUGUGGAGAAAAGCACCGCGGAGCAGGGGGAAAGUGGAGCGACAGAGCCAUGCGAGAGCCCUGCGCUCGGGGCGCCCAGACAAAUAAGAAUCCAAAAGGACACCUUUCAGGGCAUAUUUUCCAUAAAUGCACAAUUACGAAACAAUUUGACACGGGGCAAGGGAACUGUCAUCCAUUUUUAAUAAGUGUAAACAGAUAAAUUAUAAAUAGCACAAAUAUUACGGAACAGUUAAAUAUUAAUUGCCAAAAUUAAUGUUAUCGGUGCUCUCUUCUCCAGAUGCCGACUUAAACACUGCUGCCAUUCCAGCAAACUGAGAAGCUGCUAGUAAAAGUGAAUAAUGUGAGCAGGCUAUUGGGGUGGGGGCACGAGGGGAGGACCAGAAAGGAAUGGGGGUUUAGGGUUGCCUUUUCCUGACACAUCAGGGAGAGCUGAAAUAUUUCCAGGCACCCAACCCCCCCACAGAGGUGGUACUGGAGUUUAGGAAUGCAAAGAUAAUAUUUGUCCUACACUUUGUCUGGCAAGUAAAAUUGUGAUGUCCUCAAGGGAUUUUCUUGUUAUAAUUCUGGUGUAGAUAAAAGAACCUAAGAAAAGCCUGCUGGAUCAGGCCAAUGGGCGAUCUCAUCCAGCAUCCAUGUUUCACAAGAUCACUGUCUCCUCCUGCAAUUUCCAGCAGCUGAUAUUCUGAAGCAUACCCUGCCUUUGACAGUGGAGGCUAGUAGCCAUUGGUAGCCAUAAAUGUCGAAGUGGUGCAUCUGCACAGCCAGCACAAAAUAGUUUUCCACCCUCAAUAUAGCAUGACUUUAGAGGUGUGACACAACAGCCUCAGGGCUAUAUCAGAUUCAGGGGGACGGGGUAUAUACCUGUCUGAGCACACACUGAUUCAUUGCUCGGCACCUUUAAAUCAGUCACCAGCUGACUGCUUGAACAUAAGAAGAGUCUGCAUUACUUCUGAGUAAGGCCUGCCCCAAAUGCAGAUCAGCUUCCAGAGACACUUAUCAAGUAAUAAAACUUCACCUCUCUGACUUUCGUUGCGUGGUGCUAUUGAUAUGGCCAUUCACACAACUGCUGAGAUCGCAUUGUAAUGAGUGGGAUAUAAAUUCCCAAAAUAAACCACAUUAAAUUAAAACCUUUGCACACUGGCAAGUCAAGUUGAAGACAUGUGUGCAAUCUCUCUCAGUUUGGCAUAAUUGCUCUGCAGUUAUUAUCUACUUAAUUUAUCCCCAAUUUGUUAGUCCGGCAGGGACCUGGGGGCUGGGCCAUGAAUUCUUGCCCCCAGUCACUAGAAAUCUUUUUCAGGCCCAUCUCUGGCUCCAGAGGUUCCAAGCAGGCAUUGACCCCACAUUUUAAAUUAACACCUUCACAACUGUAAGGGCUUAAGACUUUGGAUUUUAACAUCAAAAGCGAGAGUUCUUUGGAUAUUGGAUUCUACUCUGUUCUUGGCCAGUUGCUGCAUAAAUGCAGCCCUGAGUUCCUCCCUGAUAAUCCUAACCUUAUAUAGCCACAAUCAGAUAAAUUGAGCUUCAGGAAAUAGGGCUUAUUGUGUGUGUUUUACCCAUUGCUAGUUAGAGAACAGGGGCUGUAUCAUCCAACCCUUUCAGAUCAAACAGUCGUGUAAAGAUUCCCUUUUCCAACUUCCUAUCUCCAUAGCAUUGAAGGCAUACAAUUCCACACAGCCACUUGUGGUUUUCCUAAAUCUUACACUCUAUAGCUACAGUAAGUUGCUUUUUUGGCAGCUGAAGCCGUCUGGAUUUGAUUUUACAUCUAUAUUCUGCUGGCUACUUUGCAGUUGCAAGCGUUAUCGUAUAUUCCAACAAUCUGCAACCUAGUUUACAUACACGAAAUGUUUGCCAUAAAUAAUAAAGUCCAUUGUUUGUGGCAGAAUUUAAACCCAUCAAAUAACUUGCAGUUUUGUAUCCCAAAUACUUUGCCUCUUCAAUCAUCCCACUCAAGAAGCGCAUAUUAAGAAAGGCAAUACUUUGUCCUCUGUUCUAGUCAUUUGCAAACUGCUUCCACUUUUCAUAAUGGUUGCUUAUUAUGUUUGCCGUUUUAUAUCCUGGAUGGAAUUUGGCCAAAGGUGUCUAUUUAAACGCCAAAAGGAGCGUGCCCAACCAAUCUACUGAAUGGGAACAUACAACAUUUCCCCAUAUGUUCGUUAACUCAACUUCGGCUGUAAUUAUUGGUCACAUUUUUUUUGGAUGACCUCUCUAUGGAGAAGCACAAACCUGAUUGGCAACUGAGGCAAUAUGAGAAAGAAGAGAAGUCCCUGAUGGAUCCUGCCAGUUUAUUUUGUUAUAAAAACCCACGAUUAGUGGUAAAAGUUCAACCGUGGCUCUCUUUUGUCUUCAGAUAUUCAGGAGGACAGGAAGAAAUAAGGGGUUCCAGGGGUGACUGCAGAAUCUGCAAUGCAAGAUACAACCACAGCAUCUCUCGCCAAUGCUUGUCAGAAUACCUUCAGCGAAAGGAUGCUGGCCACCACUGAAGGCAAAUCUGUUCCACUCCUAAACAGCUCUUACCAUAGCAUUGACGUUUCACCAAAAUUCGCUUCUCUCAAAUUUCUGUCUACUGGCAGUCCUGCCCUGCAAAGCAAGACAAGGCUGCUGGAUCAGGCAAAAGGGCUAUCUAGUCCUCUUCUUGCAGUGUCUGCCCAGAUGCCCAUGGGAAACCUCAAGGAGGUUUCAAGCACAAGGGCCCUCCUGCCAUUUCCAGCAACUGGUAUUCAGAAGCAUUGCCGAUUCCAGCCAUGGAGGCAGAGCAUAACCAUUGUGGCUGAAAGCCAUUGAUAACCUCCUCCAUAUAUUUGUCCAAUUCUGCCUUUAGUUGGGAGCCGCCCAGAGUGUCUGGGGAAACCCAGCCAGAUGGGCAGGGUAUAAAUAUAUUAUUAUUAUUAUUAUUAUUAUUAUUAUUAUUAUUAUUAUCACCAUUGGGCUUUGGGCCACCUUCAGUUGGGCCUCAGUGCUCCUGCCUGCCCAAGGCCUGCUCCUCACUUGCCUGCCCUUUAGCUGCACCAGAUGGGACCAGUUCCAGGAAAGACAUUGCCUUGUAUGCUGAGCAAAGGUGGCCAGGAGAGACAUAAAUAUUUCAGGAGGGAGGGGGUGAGAAGGGAAAGAAGGUCUUUCUCAGGAGAAAGGGCUGGAGGAUGUAUUGAAGAAAGUGAGCCAGAAGGAUAUUAUUUAAUAAUUACUAAUACUAUGUAGUUGAGUUUGACCAAACUGUGGGAAGCAGUGGAAGACAGGUGUGCCUGGCAUGCUCUGGUCCAAGGGUCAUGAAGAGUCGGACACAACUAAACGACCAACAACAACAAUACUAUGUAGUAAUAAUAAGCUGAUAUUAAAAAAUAUAAUAAACAAAUUGGGAAGAAGAAGAAGGAAGGGGAUAAAAGAAGAAUGCUGUUGUAGGAGAAAGAAGUGAAUGUAAAAGGAGGAGGGAUGAAAGAAGCUUAAUAAGUUUCUUUCAUAAGGGAAUAGGUUGUCUGUUGAGUGUGAAAAGGAGAAAAGGAGAAGAAAUUACAGGCAAUGGGGGAAAAUACCUUGGAGAGACAUGUAGAGCUGGGAAGGGAAAAGUAUGAUUUAACAAUUUCCAAAGGUGGAUAGGAUACCAAAUGAAAAUGAUGUCAGUCAGUGACAGCUGAUUGCGCCCAACGCUGCCUCCACCUGCCGCCAUUUUGAAACUGCCUCUUCCUCAACAUUUAUGACAGGAGGGCCUCAAGUGUGUGGAGAAGCUCUCUUUCAAUGGUAUUGGAUACCCUGGGCAGUUUGUGUCAUCCGUCAAUUUGGAAAACAUUCCCCGUGCAUUCCCUGUGCUACCAGGUGGGAGCUCACAGGACACAGUGCCCUUUCAUAGCAAAAGAAAGAAGCAAAUCUCCACACAGGGAACGCACAGCAUUUCAAAGAGAAGGCUAGACCAGAAGAAUCUGUGGUACCUCCUUUUCUCGGUGCAGGAAUCCUGCCUCUCACCUGGCAUAAUGCAAUGCGGGCACAAACAAGGCUGCUGUGUUUGCUGAUGACGGGGAAGGGUUUGUAGGAAGUGCAUCAACUCUAGUACGUCGCAGGUGACAAAAACAGGUGCCCUUGUGUGUUUGCAAUAACUCUUUACUCUCACACAAUGUGACUCACUGCCUAACACCUCCCAUGCUAACUAGCAAGAGCCUCACAUCCAGUUUGCCAUGCUCACUUGUUGCUGAUGCUUGACGGGUUUUUCCUAGUUUCUUAUUGUAAUGGUGUUCAUAUAGAUGUCAUUGGGGGACACAGGGUGGGUGAGUUAUUUGGAAUUAGCUUCUGGUCACAUCGCCUCCAAGCAGAUACUGUAGGACUGGAAAAGGCUGAAAAAAGGACAGCCAGCAUGAUCGGGGGGUGGGGCAACUGCCCCAUGAGAAAAUGUUUCUGUUUUGGGACUUUUUGGUUUAGAGAGAAGGCAAGUAAGAAGUUUGUAAAAAUGUAGGCAUGGCAUGGAGAAAGUGGGUGUAGAUUCCCCACCCCCCACCCCUUCAGAGAGCAUGUAUUGAAGCUGAAUAUUGGAAGAUUCAGGACAGGGAAAGUUCUUUUUUUAUUCAGUGCACAGUUAAACUAUGGAACUCACUCCCGCAGGAGGCAUUAAUAGACACCAGCUUGGAUGGGUUUAAGAGGAUGAAACAAAUUCAUGGAGGAAAGGACUAUCCAUGCCUACUAACUUGUAACUGAGGAUCGUUAAAGGUUUUUGAAAAUAACUGAUCACAGAUAUGGAGGUUGAAGUGAGGAUGAUUGAGCUCACCUGCUUGGAAUUUCUGGGCUCCGUGGCUUUAAUACUGAGUUAGCAGGGAUCUGGGGCAGGGCAUUCUCAGUGGUGGUGCUAUAUCGUUAGAGUUCCCCUUCCAUCUUUGGGGUGGGCUUCAUUUCUACUUAGGUUGUGUUUCGAUCAACCCUAACAUUCUUGUUCCGCUCCCAAGCUUUGGCUUGAUUUUUUUUUCUUCUGGUUCUUCUGUGUUUUGAGAUUAUUUUGAUUGCAAUGUUCUUAAUCCUAAUUUACUUUGAAAGCCGCCUGGUGAGAACUUGGCCCUAAAAGGCAGGACUAAAAAUAAUAAUAAUAUAGAAAUAAGUAGACAGAAUACUUUUGUUUUACUCGGUUCUUCAGCAUACGGUUGAGGAUUUUUUGCAGUGAAACUGAAUUAAUAGAAUCGUAGAGUUGGAAAGGACUCAAAGAGUCGUCUAGUCCAACCCCCUUUCUUGAAGGAAUCGCCACUAAAGAUGAUAUAAUGCCCACAGCUGUGAACUUCCAGUUUGCCCUGUUUGGUUAUUGGGUUUGGUCUGAAGGCACAAGAGGCCAUCAGCUUGCUGAAGCUAAGCAGGUCUGGAUGUGGUCAGUGCCUGGGUGGGAGACUGCCUGAGAGCCCCCUGGGGGUCCAUGCUGGGAGAAAGGUAGGAAAGUGUAAGAAAACGUAAGAAAAUAACUAAAUAAAAAAAAUAAGUUUCCUGUCCAACCAUUAAUGACUUGACUGGAAAGCUUUCAGCCGUUAGUCCUUGCAGAAGGUAAAGCUUGUCACUUUCUGAGUGUCCUUGGCCAUGGUUUUGGCAGGGCAGGAGUUCGACAGAACUGAGUUCCUUUACCCUUUUUAAUUAAAUAAUAAUUAUUAUUAUUUUGCCUGAGGAGCUAGAACCCAGUGCCUGAGCAAAAAAUCCACCUAUAGUCGUAAUCAAUAAAGUUGUGGCCAUUUCUAAUCCAGAUCAUUGUCUGCUUGAGUUUAUUAAUCACAUCUUACAUUUAGCCACUGCCCAGCAGGUGGGGAGUGGCACUGCGACUGGGCCCGCAAUAAACAAGCAAACUUGAUGGUGAGUUUUCCAGAAAAAGAAACCACUGGCCUUGCCCCAUUUCAGGCUGUGUGCAGUCAGUCGGUAGGUUACCUUGAAGAAAAAUCAGGAGGAAGGAAACAUCUGGAGAUGCAUGGCAAAAGGAGGCAGGAAAAGGCAGGCACAGAACACCAGCAAAACAGCUCGCCCACAUUCAUAAUUAAAGUCGUAACUUUAUGGGAGUCCCAGCAAACAUCUAAUCUACUUUCAUCACUACUGUAAAUGUUCUUGAAAGCUACAGCAUUGCUCAAUUAAUUCAGUACAAGAUUGAGCACAAGUCUUAUCAGUGUAUCCCCCACUAAUUGAUUCCAGUUUUAACCAAAAGGAAGAAAGAGUCAGUGGAAUUCCAGUUCCAGUCAUGCACAGAGUGCCCAGAUGCAGUUAACCCUUUCCUGACUCCUAAGAUCUAAGGCAGUGGUCUCAAACUUUUUUCUUUGGGCUACACUUUCUUUGGGCUACACUUUUUUAUUGGUAAGAAAUACAUUGGAAAACAAAAAGCAACAACUCAUAGUAGUUGCUUGAUUUAUAACAUAGAAAGUAGAAAACAAUGGACAUGAAUCACUCUCAAAAUAUAAUUAUAAACGAGCCUCUGACAUACAUACCUUUACGUAUGUAUAUAAAUUCGGUGCAAGGUGUGAGGUUCCACACUGAAAUGUUUAAAUGUUUCUUUGAUUGUCUUUGAAUCUUCCCUCCACACUUGCCAUCCUCUCUUGCCACACUCUUUGAGAACCACUGAUCUAAGAGGAGGCUGGAGUUCAGUCUUCAGGUUGCUAAAACAACAGAGAAGAGUCUUUGGGGAUGCAAAGUACUUCUCGGAUAUUUCUGAAUGUGAAGAUCAUUUGUUGGUUAAGUUCUUUACCUAAAAAAUAAUGCUGUUUUGUUUUGUUUUGACAAUGUCAUCCCAAGUCAGCAGAGCAAUAGACCUAUGGCCUAAGGGCUUCCCCUGAGCUGAGAAUCAGACAGAAAGCAAAUGAUCUUGAGAAAAUAAGGAUGGCUCCAGAAACAUUCUCCAUAGGCAGCACAUCAAGUGACAUAAUCCUCGUCUUGAAACCUGCGUGCGCAUGCUGGGAACUCCAAACGUUCCCGGGGUUGUGAAUGCAAGUCACGGGCAAGCCAUCCACACAAGCUGUUGUGACGGAAGGCUGCCUUGCCGAGUGUGGAGCUGCCCACGUUCCAGGGGGCCAUAGCAAUUGCCGACGCUGGCUUGUGUAAGAGGAGAAAUUGCCACCGAGCUGCAGAAGGGCUGUAGCUCAGUGGCAGAGCAACCGCUUUGUAUGCAGAACCUCCCAGGUUCAAUCCCCGACAUCUUCAGGUAGGGCUGGGAGAGAAUCUCAUCUGGGACUCAGGAGAACCACAAUUCUGAGCUGGGCUCAUACCUGUGUUCCGUGUAGCAUGUGAAUGUGCCUGACAUUCUAUACAGGCGGCAAACAUUUUCUGUGCAGGUUCCGCCCCUGGCUACCAUACACAUAAGCCCGCCCCGUUCUGCCCUCUUCCAGGUCCAAAAGUACCUAUGUGUUUGCGGUCACACAUCAAUUAGGAACAAAAUAGUCGCUACCUGCAUUCCUUAAUUUGCUUAAUUUGAUACCGUUUCAUAAUAGCUGUGGCUUAGUGGUUGUGGUGGUGAGGAGAGGGAAGGGGAGCAGGAGAGAAACAGACUGUGCACUGGGAUUUACAAAUACAUAUUGGACAAGUACCUAAUUAAUUCAAAUGCAAAACAAUUCCAUGUAUGUGUCACCUGCCUCGGUUCUGGGGUGGUGGAUCCGUAAACAAGACAGGGAGUGACCAGCCGCAAAGGGUGGGUUCCAGAGAAGGGUGGGACCUUCCGUUGGCGUUCAGCAGGGAAUUGUGUGAGCUCCAGCAACUUCAGCUAUCUCUGUAAUUAAUCCAGAAGAGAGUAGAUGGCACACUAAUGAAAUCUGCAGAUGAUUACUAAAUUAGAAGGAACUGGAAACACCAGAUUUAGGAGCGAUAGUGGAAAGAAAAUUAUACAUGAAGUGGGAGACCAGCGCAACAUCAAAAAGAGCCUUUUCCGAUCUGGGCCAUGCAGGGAGGCAGGCAGCUGCCUGUCCCCAAACUACCCGAGUGGAAAAAUCACACCCAAACUCUAGCGAUUCUGGUGGGACCUUUGUGGUUCCUGAGAGAUGCAAACAAAUUAGGAGGGGAAAGAGAAGGAGCUAGAGGGAUUCCUUCUGCAAGGAAGGCAGUGUAGUCUGAGAAGAGGGCUCUUUUUAGGAUUCAAAGCACGCUUUGCAACAGCGCGACUGACAGGAGAGGAUGACAGAUUCUUUGAGGGUGUGCUUUUGCAAAAGUGAAUACUUUGGGGCUGUCUGGGUCAUGGCUGUGGUGCAGAAUUUGGCAGCCAGGUUGCUCACUGGGACAUGACAGAUUGAGCAUAUUGUGCUGAUCCUGACCCGACUGUACCAGCUGCCAGUUAGCUUCUGGGCCUAAUUCAAAGUGCUGGUUUUUACCUAUAAAGCCUUAAACAGCUCAGGACCUCAAUACCUCAAGGACCGCCUCUCUCCAUAUGAACUGCCCCAGACUCUGUGAUCAUAAUCUGAGACUCUUCUUUGGGUGCCUCUCUCACGAGAGGUCUGGAGGGUGGCAGGCCUUUUCUGCAGUGGCUCCCCAUUUGUGGAAUGCUUUCCCCAGGAAGGCUCUCCUGGCACCUUCAUUACAUAUCUCUAGGCGCCAGGCAAAAACAUUUCUCUUCAACCAGGCAUUUGGCUGAUUUAAUAUUCUGUGGUGUUUUAAAUGUGUCUGUGGAAGGGGGGUAUUGUUUUAUUUUUGUUUUAUUAUAAUAUUUUAUGGUUUUAGCUUGUAUUUUUAUAUUGUGAAUUGCCCUGUGAUCUUACUACCACUACUAGGUAAAGCUAAGAGACCCCUGACCAUUAGGUCCAGUCAUGGACGACUCUGGGGUUGUGGCGCUCAUCUCGCUUUACUGGCCGAGGGAGCCGGCGUUUGUCCACAGACAGUUUCCAGGUCAUGUGGCCAGCAUGACUAAGCCGCUUCUGGCGAAACCAGAGCAAUGCACGGAAAUACCGUUUACUUUCUCGCCACAGCAUACUACUACUAAAAAUAAUAAUCAUAAUUUUGUGGGUAAUGGGCGGCCUUCCCCUUGUGGGAAAUUUGGGUUAAUCUUUGGGGUUACCCUAAUAAUGAACUCACCAUAAUAAAGAUAGUGUUGGUUAAAUGGGGGAGUGUGCUAUACACAGUUUACUGUGCAUUGUGAACUCUAUUUCUGUCAGCUCCUGUCUUGGAGUUUGAGGUUGGACUAAGCCACCCUUGGCUAACCUAGUGCCCCUCAGGCAUUUUGGACUAUAAUUCUCAUCAGGUCCAGCAUCAAAAAUAUCUGAAAGGAACCCUGAUGGCAAAGGGUGGGCCAGGUGACCAUAAAAGAGCCUUCUGAGAUUCAGCAACUACUGUCUUAAGAUUCUGUGAUUCUCGCAAGAUCAUGUGACCUUCUACUCCCAUUUUGUGCCCACCCCUUUUCCUUUUUCUCCUCCUCCCAGAAUAAGCCGUCUGUUUAAUGGCACGGAACCUAUUGUGUUGGACAGUUUAAAACAACAUUAUUUCAUUGAUCGAGAUGGUGAAAUUUUCAGAUACAUCUUAAGCUUCUUAAGAACGUCAAAACUGCUGCUCCCAGAAGACUUUAAGGUAAGACAGGCCAGAAACCUGUAAUCAGUUUGUUCUCUUAUUAAGCCAUUUAUUUCAGAGUGAGUUUGUAUUCUCUGGUGUACUUUCCCCCACUAUGCUGAGGCUGGAAAAACCCUGCCUGCAUGGCUCUGUGGUCUUCUCCCCUUUCCAUCCUCUCCCUUUCAGUUUUGGGAACUAACUGUGGUUUACUCUCGGUAUGCACCAAUGUUUAGGUUAGCCAUAGUUUGCUGUAAACCAGAUUAGAACAGGGUUUCCAAACAUAGUUAGGAAACUGUGGGGUUUUGUCUGGUCUGCACAUGACCCAGAUGUUGCUGGUGUUAUUGUUAAAGGGACUGCUUUGCCAAGACUUAUGUUCGGUUUCCUUGGGUCUGAUGUUGUUGGAGCAACAGGAACUUGCAUGCUCUGGCAGAGGGGGCCCUUUCUGUUCUUUAAGGUGCUUGUCGGAUGCUAGGCUGCAGAUGCAACAGCUUAAGAAACAGGCCCACUAGUUGUCAUAGAUACCAGAAAGGGAAAGGGAUUGGCAAAGCACCAGGCAGGAUCAGUUUUUCUAAGCCAAUUUUACUUCCUCAUUUUUAGCUUAUUUAUCAGGAUCUAACAACAAUUAAGAAGAAGCACCAGAAGCUGGCCAUAUACUACCUUUUUUUAGUGGUUUUGCUUUGAUGGAAUUCAGAAUGUGCAUAGCCUGAUCUAGAACCAACUUCAAAUCAGCUAGAAAGGUCUUGGUGAUUAAUGCCUCUCUGUGUUAAAAAAACCCAGUGAACUGAUACUACAUCUGGAUUUUUCUGUUUGACGAAUGCCACCAAGCCUCUCACAUUCCCUAUCACACACAGUACUCCAUCCGUACAAAUUCCAGUACAAGAAUCCCAUGAAAUCUUUUUCUUUCUUUCCCCCAAAUACUCAGACAAGGGUUGGAAAAUAUAUUUUCCUCUAAUAUGUUUUGCUAACUCGUUGCAAAGCAGGAACUGUGUAAUUAUUUCACCAUUGUGAAUGAAUUUGAUAGAGGCAAGCAAUUCUGCUUUUUCCAAUUGUGGCUUUAGAUUCAUAAACUUGAAUGGCAAAUUCAGAAUUCCUCAUACUUUUGGAAACACAGUUCUCAAUAUUAGCUGACAUAUCAACUAUUCUUCUGCAAAUUGUCUUGUCAGACAAAAGGAAUUUCCAUAACUUGUCAUUCAGCAUCAUCACCAAACAAUUUUUUCCACAAUCAAGCUGCAGGCAAGCUUAAUCAAUUUUUCAGCUAUUACUGUUAUGUAGUUUUGUCUGUUGAGCAAUCAAGUCAGCCACUUGGUAAGAUAUAAUUUACAUCUUAUCUGAGUCUUCUACUCAUUUUUUUAAAAUAAUAAUAAUAUGGUCGUUGGCAUUUCUGCUGUUCCAAAGGCCUUUCAAACUAUUGAUGAAAUAUUUGCCAGAUUUCCACGUUUUAACAGCAGGUGUAUUUUCAUGUUGUUUGGGGCCAUAUUGGAAUUAGAAAGCUUCUCACCACAGAUCAAACACAUAGGCUGAGGGACAUUUUUAUGUGAAACUGAGACUCAGAUAGCUCUCCGCAUAUUGUCGACCAACUUUUUUUUUUGGAGGUUUGCUUGGGCCUGCUACUGGUGUUGAAUUAAACGAGUCUUCUCCAGCACUCUGUUUGAACGGCAAUUCUGGGUCACAACUAGGAUUGUCCUCAGUAUCACUUGAUGUUCUUGUUCUCAUUUUGAAAAGUUACCUAUCCAUAUUCUGCAAAUAAGUUUUCCCCCUUUUGAUACUGUACUAUCUUAUGCUACGCUAUGCUACAUUGAAAUGUUUAAAUGUUUCCUUGAUUGCCCUUGAUUCUUCCUGCCCCACCAAUGUGACAUACGGCACCCUUUGAGAACCACUGUCCUAGAGAGAUGGUAUCUGCAGUAGGAUCAUUCAGAAAGCAGUUAUCCAUUGGAUAUAUGGGUGAGGCGAUCGUUGAGGCAUCAAGGUCCCAGCCUAUGCCAGCACUUUGAAUCCAGCCCAGUAGCUAAUUGGCAGCCAUUAGUUUCUGAAACAUUAGAGAGUUAAACAAUACAAAAAGAGAACAUGUGGUUAUACCUUAGAAGUGGUGGAAAGUUUAUAUCCAGCUAGUCAGGCCAGUGAUACUUCCCCUCCAGCACCCUGGACAGCUUUCCCAAGAACACUGGGGGAGGGGGGAGAAGGAGAGACCUUCCUCCUUGCCUCUUAACUGCAGAGUGACCUGAGGGCUGCUACUGCUGCUCCCACCACCAGCCCAGAUGGGUAAGGGGUGGUUACAGAGCCCACCACCAGCCCAGAUGGGUAAGGGGCUUUUACAAAGGAGGGGCUUUGUGGGGAAUCAGAGGCGCUGAGGUUGCUGAAAGGGAGGGAGAGGAAGGUGGGUGUGGGACUUCCAAAGUCAGAUAAGUCCCCCCUCCCCAUAAAAAAAACCUCAGCUAUUUUUCAUUGUUUUGGAAGUCGCCUGUCUCCACACAGAAUUGGGUUUCCCCAGGCAGGGAGCCAAGCUGCACGGUUAUGUGCUGGUUCCCCAUGGCUCCAAUGAUCCAUAUGAGUUUGUUUGUUUGUUUGUUUGUUUGUUUGUUUGUUUGUUUGUUUGUUGCAUUUAUACCCCACCUUUUUCUCCAAGGAGUCCAAGGUGGCUUACAUGCUUCAUCAAGCCCACACCUCAAUUAAUCCUCACCAUGAUCCUAUGAGGUAGUUUAGGCUGAGAAGUGGUGACUGCCCCCCAAGGUCACCCAGUGACCUUCAUAGCCGAAUGGGGAUUUGAACCCUGGUCUCCAAGAUCCUAGUCUGGCACUCUAACCACUACACCACACUGGCUCUAUUUUAGAAAUCUGCCUGUACUUAGAAGUACAGGAGAGAAUUAAAAAAUGCUGAGACCUGAGGACUGCAGAAGUAUUUUUGUGUUGGCUGGGAGGCAGAACGGUGCAAACCACACAGGAAGUUGUCGAUCCUCAGAUUUCGGCGGGACCGCUUCCAAAUAUAUACUUUGAGAAUUUCUGCCUCUGAGGAUUGCAGUUUUUAAGUGUUGUUUUCAGGCUGAGCUACGGAGGCAGCUGCAUAUGUGUUCCUAGCUAGCGAGUCUCUAUUAUCGCAUCUGACUGGUGUGUUUACAGUGAAUAUUAACUACAGUUCCAGUUGCUAAUAAGAUGAGACUUGAAAGUGCUCUACCUUUGACAGCCUCCCCCCACCCCUUGAGAGCACCUUUUCCUAAUAUCUAAUACAGUUUUCAUGGGCUUGUGAAUUGUAAAUACAGCAGCAAUUCCUGGCUCAGGGGGUCCUUCCUGUCGCUCACUGCUGUCGCUCCAUUGAGUCAGAGGAGUGCGAAGUUGUUUCAUGUGGCAAGCAGAAGGUAUGGGGUGCAGGCUUGGCUCUGCAGGCUUCCUCUGUCCCCCACCCCCUGCAAUUCACCUAGCAUGCGCCAGUCACUACAUGCGCUGAGACCCAGGCACAAGCACCUGCCUGCUUGUGCAGAAAGAGUAUUGUUAAGUGCCAUCCCAACCACCAAGUUGUAAGAGGCUCCAGGAGUUCCAAGCACUUCCCCCAGGGUUUGGUUUCCUUGGAACGAAGGUCAGCGGAGACUGUGGUUUCUUUAGGAUGCAUGGUUUUAUUUCCACAUAUAUAUAUCCUAUGCACUGGAUGGAGAGGCUGACAGCAUUGAAACCCCAACGGAUCUUGCUUCUCCCUUUGAUUUCCAGAGAAGCCCCAAAGCUCAGCUUAGGCCUACCACAGAGCAGGACAUGUCUCUGUGUCUCCAGCAUCCAGCUUUCUGCUCUCACACACAACAACUUAUCAAGCUAUUGUUCUUCUACAAGCCAGCCAGGUGGGGAAGGCCCAACCAUUCAUUUCUCUGAAAAUGGAACUCAUUUAAGAUGCAGAAGUUGGGUAUUUAGCUUGACAUAAGAAGAGCCUGCUGGAUCAGGCCAACGGCCCAUCUAGUCUAGCAUCCUGUUCCUACAGUGACCAACUAGAUGACUGUGGGAAACCUACAAUUAGGACCCGAGCGCAAGAGCACUUGCCUUUCCUGUGGUUUCCAGCAACUGGUAUUCAGAAGCAUUGCUGUCUCCAACCGUGGAGGCAGAGCAUAGCCAUCAUGGGUGGUAGCCACUGAUAGCCUUCUCCUCCAUGAAUUUGUCUAAUCCUCUUUUAAUGCCAUCUAGGUUGGUGGCCAUCGCUGCCUCCUGGGGGAAAUGAGUUCCAUAGUUUAGCUAUGCACUGCAUGAAGAAAUAGACAAAGAGACUGGUUUGACCAGUCCAACGGGUUCCCUCUUAUACAUUCUAGCCUCAGAAAUACAGGAUUGCAGGUUUGGAAGGGACCCAGGGUUUCAUCCAGAUUGAGCCCCCUCAAUUGAUAAUGUCUACUCUGAAGAAGAAGGUCUGUCCCGAACAGCUUCCCUGUAGAGUACCCUCCAGGUACAUUUGCCCUCACACAUGGACAUCCUAGGAGUCCAAGACAAAUGGGGCUGCCAUACUCUUGUGGGCUUCCAUUUAUUUCAGAGAACAUACUGGUGCAUCUAGCCCAAUUGGGCCACCCUGAGUAGCCCCCAUUAUCUAUUGCUUAAAGCAGCUGUUUUUCUUAGCCUCCUAAACAGGGAUGUCUCUGGGCAGGUAGCCCGAUCCCAAGAGCAACCUAGAGCCACAGGAGCCCCAUAGCCCACGCUAAGGACUGGUGGCUGUCUGCAUAUUACAGUGGCCAAAUCUGCCUGGCCGUAUUCAGGAUUCAGUCAUUUUUAGUGUAACUGAUGGAGCAAGCCUGGGCAUCUGUUUCUUACACAAGACCCAUUCAGGUUUUCAUCUGUACAUGAGAGGGCUUAAAUUUGGGGCAGGGGGAGGUGGCAGCCAAGGUCUCCAGGUGCCUUGAUACUUGUGCCUUUUGAGUGUGAAGGAAUAUCUUUGCAGGGUUCCUUAGUUGCACUAAAAUACCCUGCACAGACCUUCGUGCUAAACACAGGAAGGUGUAAAGCAAGAACAUCUCUCAGCCAAGAGCCAUAUUCAGGGGAGCACCAUUGGUACUGCUGAGAAGGCUGGAAUGGAGGGGCUCCAGAUGCCUGUAGCAGCUAAUAGAGCUACUACAGCCAAGCAGAGGCUUCUGUGAGUGUGUGCUUCGUAUGCAGACUCCUGAACAUUGUUAAUGUUAGCAGCCACUGAACACAUCUCAGCCAGUUGGACUCUGUUAGUCGAUGGAAUCUGUAGGUUGCCAUUUGCCCCUUGCAGGGAGCUGCAAAGAAGGUGCUUCAGGUUUCCUUGCCAUUUCUUUCCAUGUCAGCACUUUUCCAGGCUGGAGUCUGUCAUUUUCUGCCCUAAGUCAUCAGAACAAAGUGGGAGUGAAAUCAUGCCUGUAUCAGAUGAGCAGCAUCAGAUUAGCAGGGGUGUUAGCAAACUCCCGGGUGCAGCAAGGCUGGGAACAAAAUCUCACACCUGCCUUUCAAGGCUGUCUUGGGUGCUGCCCUGUCAACAUGGACAAAAGGCCCUUCUCUUGGGUGAAAAUUAAAAGUCACUGGUGUGAUAAUCAGACAUCCGGCUCCUUUUCUGAACAGUGGGUGUGGCAUUAGGCAACUGGUCCUCAAUGGGCCCGUCACUAGGGAAUGUGGGGCUCCUCAAGGGAGGGUGUAAAGUUCCAGGCCCUCUGUCCCGCCCCACCACCCUUCAAACCUCAGAUUAAUGGGGCAUUUGAAGAAGGGUCUGCUCAAAGGACCUAGCUACAGCUAGGUACAUAUGGAGAAAGGGAAUCCUUCAGGAACCAAGGUCUCUGUGGGUCAAAGCAAGUUCUUUGAAAAGGGGCCAGAAACAAAUUGGGAGCAGCUUUGAAAACUUUGCAUUACUGGGAGAGGAUGCAACUCUUUUGCAUGAUCAGUAGGUGAAAACUUUUGAAGGUAUACUGAAGGGAUUUGUGGGGGUGGGCAUGAAUUGCCAGACUAUUCAACCAAGAAACACCACCUUCAAGGAAAGCGUCCUAUGUAUAUAUGUUCUCAAAAGGAAUGUUGAAAAAGAUCAAAAUGAGAAAGUCAUAGAAUUGUAGAGUUGGAAGGGACCCCAAGGUCCAACCCCCUAAAGCUUCCAUGACAGAUGGCCAGUCAACCUGCUUUAAAACUUCCAGUAAAGGAGAGUCCACAGCCUCCUGAGGGAGACUGUUCUACUGUCAACAUCUCUUACUAUCAUAAAGUUCUUCCUGAUGUUUAGUUGGUAUCUCCUUUCUUGUCAGUGGUUCAAGUCCUGCCCUCCAGAGCAGGAGAAAACAAGCUUGUCCAUCUUCCAUGGCUGUCAUAUCUCUUCUCAGUCUCCUCUUUUCCAGAUGAAACAUACCCAGCUCCUUCAACCAUUCCUUAUUAGGCUUGGUUUCCAGACCCUUGAUCAUCUUGGUUGCCAUCCUCUGAUUUUCCAGCUUGUCAAUAUCCUGAUUAAAUUGUGAUAACCCAGAACAGGACACAGUAUUCCAUGUAUGGUCUGACCAAGGCAGAAUAGAGUGGUACUAUGGAUUCCCUUGAUCUGGACACUAUACUUCUGUUGAUGUAGCCUAGAAUAGCAUUAGCAUUUUUUUGCUUCUGCAUCACACUGUUGACUCAUGCUAAGCUGGUGAUCCACCAAGACCCCUAGAUCCUUUCACCUGUACUACUAGUAAGCCAGGUGUCUCCCAUCUUAUAUUUGUGCAGCUGGUUCUUCCUGUCUAAGUGCAGAACCUUCCUUCCUUCUCAUAAGAUUGGCAGGGUCUUAACAGGAUCCCAGAACGUAAUAUAUCUGAUGCAAAAAGAAAAGCCAUCAGAAAUAAUUUGCAUAUUUUUCUUUACCCCAGAGAAUGAAGGAAAAGCCAAGUUUUAAGACAGGCUUCUGCUAACUUAAAGCAGGCUUCUCUCAACCCACUCAAAAGGAAAUUGGGUGCUACAUUAGACUAACGAUAAGAGUUGCAGUCCAAAAUUUCUGGAGGGGUCAAAAGAAGGCCCAGUGAGCCCCAGUGAGAUCUUUGGCUUUGCAACUGACUUUUAUCAUUGUAGAUAUUAAGAUGAGACUUCCUGUACUCUGUGGGUGUGGUUAAGUCAAGCUCCAUUCAAGUUCUUGUCGUGCCGUAGGGCUGGCUGCCAAGUAUUUGAGGAACAUUGUGAAAUGCUUUGCCUGAACACUGUCCUGUAGUGGGGAAUUCCAAAGGAUGGCUUUUUUUGCAGUCAGCUUGCUUGCCAGAUUUCCAUGGGCGGAUGAGUGUUCUUUUUCCAUGAGAGCUCAUUUAGCAUAGUAACCAAAACACACACAGCUAAGAACCAGGAAGUUUCAAAUCACACCUCUACAAUGAACCUCCUUUCAGCAGCUUCCCUUUCCCCCAGCCUCAGCCCCCAACAUUCAGGGCAUAGUAGCACCUUCCCUUAGGGGGAUUGUAAAAAGAUCUUGAGAGAAACUGUAUUGAAUUGUGCUUGUAGCCAUGAAGACUGUGACGUGAAAUCGUCAGUUGUUCAGGGAAUGAUUGCUGUCCAUCUUCUGUGAGGAAAGGAGAGUUGUCAGUUUGGUUGGGAUUGAAAUAUUUUACUACGCACAGAACUGAAAAGAGGUUCCCCUGGGACCCAAGGAAUCGAAAGGAUGGGACUCAGAGGCAAGGAAGUACUUAUGGUCAGGAGAGGGGUGUUAUGUUGUUGAGGGAAGGAGAGAGGAGUGCUGGGGAAGUUGGUCAAGAGAAAGGGUGGCUCAGGAGAGUGGGGCAAUUUAGGAAGAGGCCUGAGGACACAAGAGGUGGUGGAAACUUGGAGUUUUUGAAAGGAGAAGCCAAGGUGCAAAUUGAACAGGAGACUAUUAGGGAGCUGUGUGUUGUUGCCAGGAAAGAUGCAGGCAGGCAAGGGGGAACUAAGGGGGCUUAGGGUGGCUGGGUUUGGAGUCUAGAUCUUGAAUUCCACAUGUUGACUUGAACUGAGCAGCCAGCUCCCUGGCUUCAGACAUCCAGUGUGUUGCAUUGGAAUAGUCUUUAUUAAGCACUGUUAUUUCUGCUACGGGUACAGUAGUCCCUUAAGGUCCUCCCAUUUCCAUGGUUUUCAGAGCUGUGGUGUGCAUUCAAGCAGGGGCACCAUCCAGCCCAAAUGGUUACAGAAAGACAUGGGGCAAGGAUAGACCUCAGGCAACCUGUUUCAAGCAGGGCUGUGCUUACCUCAAUCCUCUCCUCCACCUCAAGGCCCAGGUACUUCCCUUGGAGCACAAGAAGGAGGCAGUGGCAAUUUCCUCCCUGGUGGAAACGAUGCAUUUCCCAUCACUUUUUCCUGUGUGGGUAACCCUUCCUGGUGAACUUUUCCGUCCACUAAAAUCCCCACAAUGAGGGAUUCCAUGCUGUGAUUGAGCUUUUACCUCAGUUUACUAGCGGCAUGGUGGAGGGGGGCCGUUUCUGUCAGGUUUGUAGAAUGGGACGGGUCACAUUUUUCUUCCCCCUGCAGUCCCCCUUGUGCUGCUUAGCUGACUGAGGAACAACUGAGAGUGGUGGGAAAAGGCUGGACUGCCAGAAAAUAACGUUUUCUGGAAAAACCGCCCCUUCUUCUUGUUGCUUGGCUGAUCUAUGAAGAGAGUAUUGUGAUCCCCGUAAGAUCAGGAAGUGGACAGAAGCAGCCUGCAGGAUGCAGAUUGCACAGUUCUGAACUAGAGAUGGAGGGAAGGGUUUUGGUUUUUUUGGAGACUGUGCACAUUGACCAGAGAAUGUACAAAAUUCAGUUGAGAUAUGCACAUUCCCCAAAGCCCAUUUGAGAUUACAUGCAUAAUUUCCUCUUCAUGGACAGAUUAUGUGUAUAGACAGGGUCAGUAAACUUUUUCAGCAGGGGGCAGGUCCACUGCCCCUCAGACCUUGUGGGGGGGCCGGACUAUAUUUUUUUGGGGGUGGGGAAUGAACAAAUUCCUAUGCCCCACAAAUAACCCAGAGAUGCAUUUUAAAUAAAAGGACACAUUCUACUCAUGUAAAAACAUGCUGAUUCCCAGACUGUCCGCGGGCUGGAUUUAGAAGACGAUUGGGCCGGAUCUUGCCCCCAGGCCUUAAAUUUGCCUACCCAUGUGUAUAGAUAUAGAUACAGCCGUACGUUGGAUCCUGAACACCCUGGUACUCAGACGUUUUGGCUCCCAAACACAGAAACCCUGAAGUGAGCGUUUCAGUUUGCGAACGUUCUUUUGGAAGCCAAAUGUCCGACGGGGCUUCCGCAGUUUCUGAUUGGCUGCAGGAGCUUCCUGCAGCCAAUCAGAAGCCGCGGUUUGGUUUUCAAACGUUUUGGAAGCCGAACGGACUUCUGGAACGGAUUCCAUUUGACUUCCAAGGUACAACUCUAUAGACAUAGAUAUAGAUUUAGAUUUAGAUAUAUGAAAUCCAUAAGUGCUGAGAUACAUAAGCUCUCUUUCUCUCCUUUUUUUAAAAGGAUUUUAAUCUUUUAUACGAAGAGGCCAAGUACUACCAGCUGCAGCCAAUGAUCAAGGAGCUGGAGCGAUGGAAACAGGAGAAGGAACAAAGGAAGCACUUCCAGCCCUGUGACUGCUUGGUUGUAAGGGUGACUCCGGAUCUCGGGGAAAGGAUUGCACUGAGCGGAGAGAAGGCAUUGAUCGAGGAGAUCUUCCCGGAGACAGGGGACGUCAUGUGCAACUCGGUCAAUGCAGGCUGGAACCAAGACCCCACCCACGUCAUUAGGUUUCCUUUGAACGGAUACUGUCGGUUGAAUUCGGUGCAGGUAAUGGGCCUCAUCCGUUCUACCUUUUUCUUUUCGCUUUCAGCUCUAAGCAGAUGAGUCCCUUCUGCCCAAUUGCCUCUGUGUCAUUGGAAGAAGGAGGCAUUUUUUGCCUGGUGAGAUCAUGGGCGUUUUCCCUCUCUCUCCCUUUCCCUUUUCCCUUAAGUCUAAGUUGUUGGUGGGGGAGAGAAAGAGAGAUUUAGAUUUUUGUGUGUGUUAGCACCAUGCUGAUCUCAUAAUGGCGUUAGGCUGACAAAUGCUAAUUUUUUUUCAUCAGCUCAUACCCCGCAGUCCUUUCUUCCCUCCAAAGUGCCCCUAGGAAGAAAAAAGAGUGUACCAAAACUACAAAAAAAGAAGAAGAAGAGGGGAAAGGAGGAAAGGAAGGGGGGGAGCCGCUUCUCCAUGCCACUUUAUAGAAAACGCAACAAUGUGUAAAUGCAUAAUUUAUGUCCCACUCAUAAUUAAAUGAUAGAGCCUCCGGGAUGGACUUAAAAAAAUGAUCUCUGCACUUUUUUUCCCCUCCAAGAGGAUGUUCUAUAAAAAUUGCCCAGAGUAUUUUAAACAAAAUGUGUUCCACUUUAUACUCAAAGGUUUUUAUGGGGGUUUGAUUGAGUUAGUUAUUUUUUCCCCCUUUUCUUUUCUUUUUAUUUUUUAUUUAAGAUUUUAAAAUUAACAUAUGAAACAAGGAAAGACGGAUAGGUAGGAUGCGGGAAAUGUAAGUUUGCGAUUUGGCAAACCCCUCUGAGCGGCUUUCUCCCCCCCCCCCCCGCCCCCGCCCCAAAUAGGGGAGCUUGCCCAUGGGAGGGCUACCCUACAGCAGACCUUGGCACUGAGCAGCCUUGAUGGUUUGACACUCAUUAGCGAGGACCAGAGCAAUGGGGGCAUUUUCAUUGGGAGCGUUGAGCAUCCAGCUGCCUGUCUCAGGAUGUUUGGCAGGGGGGAGUGAGCGUGGAAAGGCCUCUAUUGGCAGAGGAUGUUUUGGGCAGAGCAAAUGGGCUUCAGGCUACAGCGAGAAACCAAGUGAAGUCAGUUGCAAAACAUGUCACUGUGGCACUUUGGGUGGUUGGGAUUUUAUUGCUCUAAAUACCUGGCCCAGGUGAAGAGCAGUAUGCAGUUCAAAAAGCUGGCUUAUGGCCUUUAAAAAAUAAAAUAAAAUAAAAAACAUUGUGGUUGUGUCAACACAAACAAGGCAAAUCAUUUCCCCAGUCUUUUAUCCUUUAUGCAAGAGCAGAGAAUGGCAACAUGGCACCCACAGAAGCCUUCACUGGCGCCCAUAGGGCCCCCUCCCCCCCCCACAGAAAAUACUUUUGAAAGAAGUGUUUUAUUGCAGCCAAUAGAAUAGGUCGGCGGGGAUGGUGCCCACAACAGCUUCUCCAGCUUACAGCUGUACCCACAUGCCCCAAAAGGUUGGCAACCUCUUGGGCUAGACCAUGAUAGUGAGGUCUCUCUUCAACAAGUUGUAGGGCAGAGCUUGUUGUUUUAUACCCCGGGGUUGUUCCCUGCCCCAUCUAAAUCUAAAUGGCUUAAAAUUCAUUUCAGGUUAACAAACAUCCUAGCCCUCCACAGCGACAGAGUCUUCAGUGUUAAUCUCUGGCUUGCUGAUAUUCACUCCUAUUUUGAUGGUUAGGCAGGGGAUUUGAAACUGUGACAGCAAUCUGUCCUUGAGGUUCAGGACAGCCUUUGCCCACACAGUGCCCUCCAGAUGUUUCGGGUUGCAAUUUGGCUGACAGAAGUUGCUGUCGAAAACAUCUGGAAGGUGCCAGGUGUUGGCAAAGGCUGGCUUAGAAUUCGGAAGGUCCACAUUCUGCAUCUGGAUACUUGUUUAAUUCUGAACUCCAUUUUACGUUUUUUAAUUGGGGGGGCGGGCGGUAACCAGACAGGCUUGAAUUCAUAACUGGAGAGAGAGGACUCGCCCCACAUCCUAGUCACAAAUGCUUUCUCAGAAAAUUGAAUCGUUAAGCCCUGUACGACCUUUUUAAAAUGCACGGCUCUUGAACGAGAACAGAGGAUGGAGUUCGUUCUGUUCUGUUUAAUGAAGACGCACAACACCCUCUGCUAUGUAUAGACUCUUUCUCGACGACACCUGCAAAUUUUGUCUGCUGCAAACAUCAGGUGUUGCAAAUUGUGGUGUCGCAGAAGCGGGUGCUUGCGAGCUUGUUGUCCAUUUUAGCUGAAAAAUAAUUCAGGAUAUAUGUUACAUUAUCCCGUGAUGCAUUUCAAAGACUAUUUUCAGUGGCAAAGUGGCAGGCACGCCUUACAGAACAUUGCAGCGCAGUGAACUAGAAAGCAGGCAUUUUCUGCCAUUUGCCCUUCCCUGUAGGAUGCCCUUCCUUCUGAUGGAGGCAGCGUCCAUCAGUUGUGUCCCACAUCAUGUGAAGACAUAUCUCUUGGCACAGACUUUCCCUGGCCAAUGAGAUUCAACCUUGUUAUUUGUGAAUUCCUAUUUUUACGUAUUUUUUAUAACAGAAAAUAGAAGUGCUUUUAAGUAAAUGAAUAAAACCAACAAGUUUUGCGACAAGGUUGAUGAGGUAAACUUACCACAGCAAAGGUCGGUCCAGGUUUUAGACCAGGGGGACAUUUUGAAAGAGUGCUCUAGGCGCCAGUCACAAAAUGGCUGCCGUGGGGGACAUGGCAUAACACAAAACCAGAGAAAUUGUAUUUCCAUGCUAGAAAAGACUUAACCUGUAGGGUUUUAUUUUCCACCUCUUUCUCCAAGGAGCGCAAGGUGACGUACACAAUUCUUGCUCUCUUCAUUUAAUCUGCACAACAACACUGAGGUGAGCUAUGCUGAGAGGCAGUGACUGGUCCAAAAUCAUCCAGUGACUGAGUAGGAAUUUAAACCCCAGGUCCUAGUCUGAGAUUCUAACCACUAUACUACACUGGCUCUUAAGAAUUAUGGGGUCAGGGCUUCACAUUUUUGUUGCUAAUUCAUGACUUACAGUCCUGAACAUUGCUAAUGUUAAUGGCUGGAAAGGACCCUUUUUAUUUUUUGGUGCAACAUGCGUCCCUCCCAUUGUAGGUUUUCUUUUAAAAUCACAGAUACCAGAAAUGCCAUUUUUCCUUGCAAAAACAUAAUGACCAAAAGCAUCGUUACAACAGAUAGCAAAUUCAGCCAUAUAACACUGUGGUUGAAAAGGCCAAGGCCUCCCCCAGUUUAUGACAAGAGAUGUUCUGUUUCUAAAACUUGGGAAAUCAUGCUCGGCUCGCCACAGAGAUGAUCUCUUUUAGAGUGUUUCCUUCUGGGUAGCAGCACACUUCAAGAAGGCUUUGAACAAAUUGGGAGAGGAGAGCUAUGAGAAUGAUUCUAAAGGGAUCUGUCUUGAAGGCAGUUUCCGGGAGGGAAGACUGGCAGAAUUGGAGAUGUUUAGCCCCAGAGAAACAACGGGAGACGUCUCAGUUCUGAACACUGUGAACUUGGAAAUUGCUCCCAUUGAUUUCAGUGAAACAUGCGUCAAGGGGAAGCGUGCUCUGGGUUGCUUGCAGCCUAAAAGUGUGGCAAGGGAAGGGCACAUAAGAAGAGGCCCCUGCAGUUGAGCAUCCUGUUCUCACAUUGCCCAACCAGAUGCUUCUUCUGGGAAACCCACAAGCAGGACCCAAUCAGAAGAGCACUGUCCACUCCUGUGGUUUGCAGCAGCUAGUAUUCAGAAGCAUAUCUGUCUGUCUGUGGUCACAAAACAUGAAUUAAAGUAUUCAAAUGCCCUGAGUUGCUGAAUCAACCAGAUUCAUUCCUAGGCCACGGUGGGGUUGGGGGAGGUCCUCAACCAUGUUUCUUCUUGCUUACAAAUGAAAUAAAAUCAGACCAAACAGUUACGGAAUCAUUCUUCCUUCUUUCACAUCUAAGGACUCUCAGCUUAUUCAUUAGUUUUUCCAGCAUGUACCAAGUAGUAAGGUGGGCCACGUCUAAUUUUCUCCAAAACUGUGUGAUGAUCAUUCCAGGUGCUUUAAACAGGUGCACUGUUAUCUCUUCCCCCCACCCCUCCUUUCAUUUUUUUUUUUAUCUUUACCCAAAAAAGGGUAUUUUUUCUUUCUAGGCCUUUUGCUCGUUCUCCCUCGGGUCCUUUCACGUUCUUGCAUUGCGAAGUGAUACAAGAUCAGGGCAGAAGUCAGGGGAACGAGGCUGAUGUUUGCCUCCUCGAACACCAAGACAGUGCGCCUGUCCCAGGGCCAGUCAAUGCUCACAGGGUUCAAGAGAAGCCAUGAGAAGAGAUCAAAGCUCAGCUUUGCCUUGCAUGACUUGGGAAGUCCAGGUGGCUGGCGGAAAGGAGGCCUGUCUGUUGCCUACCAAAAGAAAGUGAAAAGGAGACUUUGGAAUUGAAAGCAGGAGGAAGAAAGGAAAGGAUGGAGGAGUUCACCGAAAUAUUUAUAAUCACCUCAAGCAAACCAUAUAAUCUGUGCUCUGUAAGGGGAUUCGGUAGGUCUAGGAUUCUGGGGAGAGCACUGAACCUAUGAAUUUAAGAAGAGUCCUGCUGGAUCAGGCCAAUGGCCAAUCUAAUCCAGCACCCUGUUCCCUCAGCGGUCAGCCAGAUGCCUGUUGGAAACUUGCAAGCAGUCACUUUUCAUUGCCCAGCCCUCAACUGCAAUAAGGUUCCCAGCCUUCCUGCUUUAGUAUAUUGGCUAAAUAUACUAAGCAGUAUAUAUACUGCUUUAGUAUAUUAGUUGGGGAGGCAUGGAAUGAGGUGUAUCGCUUUUGACACAACGACAGCUUGUAUUAUUUGAUAAUCCCCUUGUCAUGUGUCGCUACGUUGCUUAUGAAUUUUGUAUUCUGGAGUAACUGAAUUGCCUCCUUUGUUCUUAAGUUGUUGAACCAAGCAUUUGUUUAUAAGCCUGUUGUAGCAUUUUACUGUCAGAGAAUGUUCAUCUUGCUUGGCUGUCCUUUGAAACAGUGACAUUUGCGCUUCGUAUUAUAUUUCUUCAUUCAGUGCAUAGUUUAACGAUGGGACCCACUGGAGGGAGCAAUGGCCACCAAAAGAGGGUUAGAUGAAUCCAUGGAGGAGAGGGCUAUUGAUAUCUACUAGCCACGAUUGAUAUCUACUGCCUCCAUGGUCAGAGGCAGAAAUGUUUUUGAAUACCAGUCACUGGGGACCACAAGAGGGGAGAGGGCUCUUGUGCUGGGGUUCUGUUUGUGGGAUUUCCAAUGGGGCACCUGCUUGGCCACUGUGAGAACAGGAUCCUGAACUAGAUGGGCCUUUGGCCUGAUCCAGCAGGCUCUUCUCAUGGAUGCAGGGGGGAAACACCCGGUUUGGAGGCAAGUAGGACCUUGCAGUUCUGCUGGGCCAUGGAGGUGUCCUUGAACCCCUUCAAAGCUCAGGUUGAUAUCACAAACCAGGUGGCAUCCCAGAGGUGGAGUGCUGAGCAGCCAUUCUGACUGGCUGCCCAGUUGAGAUUAGCGGUGAGGACUUUAGGUGGCUGAAGGGCACAGGCAGGAAUAUAAACACAGGCACAUUAACAGCACACAUACACCCUGAAUACCCCAACCUGUUUGGUAGGAAAAUCCCUUAGCGGCCAGAACAAUUACACCAGUAAAGAAGAUGCUCAUAACAGCCUGCUGCUUUUUCUCCCCCCAUCUAGCACAGCAUAUUAAUGAUGAGUUAUGGCCUCAUUUUAUGAUGACUGAAGCCCCAACGUUGCUUUUCCUUAAGAGGUAGCAUCAAUAUCACUACCAGCCAGUAUUUUACUCCAUAAUGUACUGAACUGCCCUGCAGAGUGCUUGUUUGUUUGAUUAAUAUUUGGGUUUUUCUGCAGAGGUUUGCUGUAAGCAAGACUUUAAUCACACUGCAGUCAUUUAGGAAUAAGUUAUAGAAUUAUCGCUGCAUAAUAUGCUGGGAGAUCCUGAAAAGACCAGAAAUGUAUCAUGCAGAGUCUAGCUGGCUCUCGGGGGCCCUUUUCACCACCUCUGGACCACGAGACCAAAAUACUUUGCAGGGCAACACGCACAAAUGAAAUAGCGUCCAGAUAGCGUCCAUCUGCAGGAAGCUGAGAUGGCUUUGAAAAAGGAAAGCCAGUGAGUAGGGCUGGAUACAGAAGGCAUGAACUCAAGUGUGUCUUCAGCUGUGGACAAAAUGGAUAGCAAUUUAUAAGUCAGACUCCAUCCCUGAGCAUCACUUUCCUCCUAAAGUUGGCCUGUUUCACAGGGUUGUCGUCUGGCUGGACAAGGAAACAUUGUGCGUAGAAGGCCAUGGGGAGAUCAACCUGGCCCCACCCAUUAGCCAGUGGAGCUCCAAGGCUGCUUUCCUCCUCCCACCCCAUUCCUAUUUCCUUUUAUGUCGAGUCUCUUAGAUUGUGAGUCUGUAGCCAGUGACAGCAUUUGGAAGAAAUUCAGGUAAUUUCUUCAAAGUUAGGUAAUAAUACAAACCUUUAGCCACAGGGGGAAAGUUGAGCUACAAAUCGCCUUCGUCUAACAUUUUACUCCAGUGACAACUUUACUGUAUAAUGUGGGGCUUUCCUAAGGGUGAAAUUAGAUGUGAUGUGGAAGCUCCAAACAUGGAGCUUUCAAAAAGCAGCUGCACAGAGUGUUGCAUCCAACUUAACUCAACCCUUCCCCAAAACUGCUAUUAACCACAGGCUUCUUCUCUUCAAUGUGUGAACUGCCCCAUCUCGUCUAGAGGGAGCACCCAGGGCAAUUUUGAUCAGGGCCACAGUGCAGCAAGAAACCCCCUUUUUGGACUUGCUGCACCCCUGAUCUAAUCCCCCACCCAAGGCUGCUGUUUUUGGGGAAAGAAAAAGAGUGUUCGUUAUAUCACCCUUAUGUCAUCUCUGCUUUGAUCCUUACCCGGAGUCAGACUGCUGGUCCAUCUUAUUUAAUAUUGGUUGUGACUGUCACUAGCUCUCUAAAGCAGGCUUUGCCAACCUGGUGCCCCCUGGAUCUUUUAGGCUACAAUUCCCAUCAGCCUCAGCCAUCGCAGCUGUUUGCCUUGGGCUGGCUGGCCAUUUUCUGUUUUCAGAGUCUAAGGCUGCAUUCACAUGGCAGUUUAUACCAUUUCCUCAUAGUUUCCCUAACCGUUAAUUUCUGAAUUAUAUUUGCACUUUCACACAGCAAUACAAGCUUAGCACUCAUUUCCAUGUUACUUGAUUCCUUAAAAAAAAUUAUAUGCUUGGAGGCCCUUUAACCCAGAAUAUCAUGGGAGUAAAGUGAUGAAAUUUAGGGCCGUAUAGCGGCAUACAGUUUUCCUCCCUGCUGCUUUAAUGGGGGAAGAGAAGCACACGGCUGUGUGGAAAGAGUUGGAGGAGCAGCAACAUUGUCCAAUGUGGUUUGCUGUUGUGCCCCCCACGCCCACUGAUGUGAAUGAAAUUUAGCUCAACAUGCUGGUGUAUCGGUAAAAAAAUAAUAAUCAUAACACAAUUCACAAUUUCAAAACACACCAAGUACUGCGGUGUGAAAGGACCACAGGACCGAAGCACUAGAAUAUUAAUCAGGAAAACGAAUGCAAUGUUCCCCAUGCCUGAAAUGCACCCCUAGUUGACACGUGCGGAGUCCUAUAUGUGGGGCUGCACAGAGACUUCAGCAAAGAAAUACAGUGGUACCUCGGGUUAAGAACUUAAUUCGUUCUGGAGGUCCAUUCUUAACCUGAAACUGUUCUUAACCUGAAGCACCACUUUAGCUAAUGGGGCUUCCCGCUGCCACCAUGUGAUUUCUGUUCUCAUCCUGAAGCAAAGUUCUUAACCCGAGGUACUAUUUUUGGGUUAGCGGAGUCUCUAACCUGAAGGGUCUGUAACCCGAGGUACCACCGUAACUGUGCGUAACCUUUGCACUGUCGCCCAUUAACCGCAUUGCGUGUCCUGGCUCCCAUGGGUGGAUAUAGGACUCGUACUUUCAGUUCAGUUCAGUAGGAUUCCUUUGGUCCUUUCAGAGUCAUGAGCACAUUUGAUACGGAGCCUUCUCCAAUAUUAACUGGUGCUUUCCCCCUCAGGUGCUUGAACGGUUGUUCCAGAAGGGCUUCAACGUGGCGGCGUCCUGCGGAGGAGGCGUGGAUUCUUCUCAGUUCAGCGAAUAUGUACUAUGUCGUGAGGACAGGAGACUGCAGCCCAACACCACAAUCAGGAUAAAGCAAGAGCCCCUGGACUAA